UGUAAAGAUGACCCUAACUACGCCGACAAGUGUCCCGAGAUGGCCGCACUUAACAACUACUGUCAGGACCAGGAAACAUUUAUGAAAAAAAAUUGUCCCAAGAGUUGUGGAUUCUGCUCGGAAGGUGAUUUGUUGGUUUUAAUUGUACAUCAUCUAUGUUGAUUGUUAUAAAGUCAAAAUGUAAUCACAUAGUUACAUGAAGAAACCAAACUUCAUUUCUGUGACUGACUUCCUCAAGGACAUGUAUCUGAGACAUCAAAACAGCCGUAGCAUGCACUUAUAACAGGACCUACUACGCAUCUGCAAUUACAACAUUUUUAGUUGAUAAUUUAACGUAUUUAUACUCUUUACUGGAGAAAGCAUGUGAUGUCUUUUUAAAAUUCCCUUUUGAUACGACAAUGUUCUCAUCAGUUCCUGGCCUAUUCCCUAUACAAGUUUAGGUGUAGUAGCUUUAAUUAUAACAACUAAUUAAGCAUUUUCUAUUUCCAGCAUCCGCCGUACUCACUAUAUUCCAUCCCUUAAUUUCUAGUAUAUGAUUUUUAUUUCAGGUACAAAAGCUCCUGCUCCUGUUGGUAAGUUAAUGUUCAUUAUCAAUCUGACUUUGCCCUAGUUCUCAUUAAAAAAGAAAUUAAAAAAUACGAAACACACAAACAAACCUAAACACAAUGGGCCGGUUAUUUAAACGGAGUUUAACAAGUGUUUAACAAAUCCUUGUUCUAAGUCAUUUUCAGUUUGCCCACCUCUUUUAUCUAAAGCACCAUCCAUUUGUCGUGAACAGUUUCAUAAAAGCAUAUAGUGUAGACUAGAAAAGCAUUUAUCUUCAUAAAUGAACCCACUAAAGAAGAGAUCUGGAAGUCCAAAGAUUUCUUAAACCGCGGUCUGAGUUAGACCUCGUUUAAUAACCGACCCAAUGAAUUUUUUUAAGUUGUGUUCGAAAACAACGUACCUUUGAUAAAAGUACAGCAAAUUUUUUUUAGCCAGAUUCGAUGAAUUACCGUAUCUUACGAGAUCUACAACAGUCUGAUUCUAGACUGGGUAACUUUCAUUGAACCCUCGCACGUACACUGAGUCAAUCAAAACAUCACUGUGAGUGAAGCGUAGAGGGAAUGGUGGGGUGUAGUGUGGGAAGGGGGUUUGAGUGGGGGAGUUGGACCUUUCAUUGGGUCUUUGCUGUGUCAUGAUAGUUUGUAAAUACCUGACUGUUGUGUAAAAAUGUAAAACUCGAUCGGCCAGUAACGAGCUCUACAAGCCUCAGAAGCCAUAUGGAGAGGUAACUUGUUUAAACAACUAAGUAUUUUAAUUGCUAGUCUAGUGCAUGUUGUUCUUAAACAUUUAGCCUCUAUUAGUGUUGAUGUUUGAAGGCUCAUUUUGCACAAAAAGAGCAAAAGACUCAAUUUUGGCUUUAAUAAUAAUCGCGUCUCUUUGAUUAUUACGUCAUUCUUCAUCACCAUAGCAUUAACUGUCCGCAAAUUUCGCCAAAUUCUUUCCAACUAGAUAUUCAAGAGCAACUUCUCUCCUGUCAAGAGUCGCUACUCCCUUUUAUUUAUGUUUUAGAGGUCUAAACGAAAACGUUUCCUGUUGUUGUCUCAGUUUGUGAAGAUGACCCUAACUAUGCUGAUGGGUGUGGCGAGAAAGCCGCCAUUGAAGAUUACUGCAAGGACCACGAGCAAUUUAUGAGGAAGAACUGUCCCAAGAGCUGUGGGUUCUGCUCGCCAGGUAAGUCACAGUGGUUCUCAAAAAUACAACACAAUUCCCUUUCCCUUUUAAACAACUGAUUGUACCAAGAGAACAUAUAAAAGGUCCUUUUAUCAUUUGUUCAGAGUCGCUUAAUACCACACCAUGAAAUUUUUUAUAUCGUACUCAUAAAGGUCUCACUAUUUUCUACUUUUCGGCGUUAAUAAGAAGUGAGGCCUCUUGGCAGAGAGACGGAGCUGUACUGUAUACUUACGGUGAAGCAAAAAAAUCACGGCAAUUACAAUUUGCUCAAAGCAAUUUAAUUUCAAUUUGCUCCCGACAAUUUUUAUUUGCGAAGACAAUUUCACUACAAUUUUAAUAUGCUAACGACAAGUUUAAGUUGCUCACGGCAACUUUAAUUUAUUCUCGACAAUUUUAAUGUACUCACGUCAAUUUUGAUUUACCCUGGCAAUUUCAACUUGCUCACGGUCAAUUUAAAUUUCCCGGAUACUUUUGGGCCACGGUAGUGUUACUCGAACUCUAGUGUAUUAAAAAGAAACAGUUUUCUCCACCGUGUGUGCACAUGUUUCGUUCUAGCCGAGUGAGACAAUUUCUUCUUUAUUUUGCGUCUGCUAAAAGGUAACUGUUAAGGGGCCGACCAUUUUACUCUUGAGGGGGAUUCGCGAUUUCAGAAAAUAUCCUGCAGACCGAUUUCGGGGAAAAAAAAAAUCUUGUAAGGAAUUACCCUGCGAAAAGUAUCCUGCACUAAAAAGAAAUGUUUCGCAUGGUGUCUAAUGCUGGAAAAAAAUUACCUUCAGAGGUUUGGAAAAAAAAGUCUUGUACCAAAACCACCCCAUAUCCCCCCCCCCCCUUAAAAAAACAAUAGUCGACCGCUAAACCCCUCUUUACCCUUUUAUCACGCCAGUCCUCAGACGUAUUCCCAUAUUGUUGGUUUUCACGUGACGUCACUAAAAUUCAAACUAAAAAACUAUCGAUCCUACCGAGAGUUUACUUUCACGGUGCAUUAGAGCAACUGAAAACUAGUUUUCAUACAAAUUUUCGCGUCAAAAGGGUUCUUGGUUUUGUGAUAGAGUACCCUUGAAUUUCUCAGCUUUUGAGUGACGCGGUAUUUACAUGACAGCCAAGAGAGCUUUCAUGUAGGCUAAAAAAUGACUUAUUUCAGGAAAUUUUGCUAUCUAAACAGUUCAUGUAUUAGAAAAAGUAUUACUUUAAUGUUUAAGAGUUUUCGAAGAAUAAAUUCACGCUUUUGUAGCAAAACUCGGUAACAGAUGUUUCUGUUGGUUUCCGUCCGCCAUGUUGGAGCUCAUCUAGGUGAGCACCAGCAUGGCGUCUCCAUAAAAAUCUCUAUAAGUUUGGGUAAAACAUUUCUUCGGAUAUCUCGUAUACGAAAUAUUCCUCUGACCUGAAUCUUGGCGAGGGUCUUUGUAUAUGUACCUCUUUUUAUUUCCCAGAUUCUGGACUUUAUCUGUUGAACAGUUUUGAUUUUUAUAUUGAUCUAUUUUGAAUUGCGUGACACUGAAAACCGGCAAUAACUCGUAAUUAAACAAAUCGGACUCCCGCUACGCGGUCGUCCGAUUUUGUUAAUCACUCGUAUGAUUACAGACCGAAUUGGACUCCACUCUGUCCUGUUACCAUUACGAAUAUUUUCUUGUCAGUUUCUUUUCUGUCCUUAUCCUUUUGUCUGUUUUUGGUGUAUACUCUCAGGGAAGCCUGUACCUGGCCUUUAUUAUUAGUACAGUAGCUCCCUGCGGGUAACUUUUCCUAUUUCCCUUUGAACUUGACCCAGUCGUUAGUUAACUCGAAAGAAAGAACAGGAAAAGGCCGCUGUAACUGAACCGCAAGUAACGAUGUUCGUGGGUCUCAGAAAUUUGCGUUAUUUUUCUUUUGACACUAUCUUUCUAAAAAACUGUUCUUCCUGUUUAAAAAAAUCCAAUAUUUUGUGCCAGAACGCAGGAGUACCUAUUGGUACCAUAAGUAAGUGGGUCCGGGGGCUGGCCUCCCCCAUUAUUGUUAGACAAAACUGAGGCCUGAAGGACCGAAAAAAAUUUCUCGUAGAGACUGGGCCCCCUAUAUCUAAGGUUCUGGAUGACCUAGCCCCCCAAUCACCCUUAUCUCAAGGUCUCAGGGAUCCGGAACUGCAUCCUUCACUUCUGAAAGAUUGCCGGUACUCUGAAGCAGGUAUGGCCCUCAUCUCUGAAUGCACAGCUUUACCAAGGUCUUGGAUCCUUGAAAAAGGCUUCCCAGCAAAAGCUGAUUUGAUUUUUGGAAAGAGCCAGAAAUCGAACGGAGCCAACUCGGGCGAGUGUGGUGGAAGUUCCAUCAAACUGAUACAAUUGUCAUGUGAUCAAGGUACGUCUGUAUGAUGCGAGCUUUGUGAGGGGCUGCAUUGUCGUGAUGCAACUGGAUUCAAGACCGACCUCGAGUCCGUGCCGUUGACUGAAUAUGCGGAAGACCGUUUGGCAAAACUGAAGUUGUGUAAUAUGUGGCAGUGAUUAUAGCUUUGUCGGGUGUUAUGUCGACAGUAACAAGCCCCUGAGUAUCAAAGAAAUUUGUCAACAUUCUCUUUGUUUAACGGAAACCUGUUCUCAGGACCUUUGGGCGUGGUUCAUCUUCGGCCAGCCAUACCAUGUUAGAACGUUUGCCUUUCAUAAUGAAGAAGGAAAUCCAACACUCGUCAUCCGUAACAACACCAGAAAACCUCUUAGGGCCAAUUGCUUCAAAUACUUCCAACCAAUUGUGGCAGGCUGUAACCCUUUGUUCCUGAAUUCUUUUCUGUUGUCAGCUGGUGGGGGAACCAUCUUAAGCACCUCUUGGACCGACCAAGCUGCUCAUGGACGAUAACAUGUGCACUUCCGCAGCUUACACCAAGCUCCAAGGCUAAGAAUCUGACUGUUAUAGUUGGGUCUUCCACUGUUAAUGCUUCGGCUCUAUCCAAGGAACUGUUGGUCACAGACGUCCGUGGCCUCCCAGCAUGGGCUUCAUCUUCAACGCUCUCUCUGCCAUCAGUAAAAUGCUGCAUCCAUCUGGAAACUGAGCGAAAAGAAGGUGACAGGUCACCAUAAACCAUCACAAGCUCUUCAUGGACAAGCAUUGCUCUACUUGCUCCUAAACUUAAUUUAUAACGAGUGUAAAUGUAAAAACGAAUAUACUCCCUUGAAGGCUCCUUGUCACAACCAAAUUUAGCAUGUAAAUAAAAGGAUCUGGCAAUUUACAUGGGCACUAAAUUUCCACAACAAUCAGCUAUUACUGUGGUCUUGCGUUUAAGAUAUGAAUAAAGGCCUAUUGUGGCUUGGAGCACUUAGGACUUUUCUUGGUGACAGAACUUCUUUAUCGGCCCUCGUAAUAUCUGCAGCCUUGAGAUUUAUUCACUUUACAACGUCAGUGACAGCUUUUUUAUAUCGCCCGUGCCUUCUUUCAGUUCCAGCGCGGGCAAUCAUUGUAUCACAUAACAAUAUCAGCCUGGUAUAUGUAAAUUGUUGAUAGUUGUUUUUUUUAAAUACUUAUUAUUGUCUUUUAUUACAGGUACACAAAAACCUCCUGCUCCUGCUGGUAAGUUAUGUUCAAUAUCAGUCUGGCUCUGCCCUACUUAUCAGUUACAAAGAAAAUAUGAAUUAGAACGAGUAAACAAACAAACAAACUUGCGUUCAAAGUUGCAUUCGAACAGAACCUAGCCUACUAUUACCAAAUCUUCAAUAGUCUUUGAAUUCUAGAGCUGUAGAACAUAUAACUUCUAUUUAGCCUUUGGACGUAUAACACACCGCAUAUGGUAAAGUGGCGCAGUAGUGACGGGGGAUUUAAAUCCUGGCGAGGUAUAAAUUUUGUUAUAUCAAUUAAAACAUUUAGCACCUUUUGGUACUUAUUUUAUUUUAAGUGUUUUACACAAAAAGUGUCCAAAUUGAAAUAGCUUGACUUCAUGUCAUUUAUGAGGUCAUAUCUGGUAACCAUAGUAAUCAAUUUUCAUCAAAUUUAGAAAAGUGUACAUUUCUCCUUCCCAUACCCCCUAAGGGCUAAAACUUCUUCGACUUCUUUCUACUUCUUCUUGUUCGCGACCCAAACUAAAUUAUCGUUCUCCUUUGUUAUUUCAGUUUGCGAAGACGACCCUAACUACGCAGAUAAGUGUGCCGAGAAAGCCGCCAUUAAAGAUUACUGCGUGGACCAAAAGAAAUUUAUGGAGAAAGAAUGUCCCAAGAGCUGUGGGUUUUGUCCCUAAGGUAAGUAAAAUAAAAAAACCUGGCUCAACUUAUAUAAUGACAUGAUUCCCUCUAGCAUCUUAUAAUUUAUUACAUGAGUACUGGUCGUUACACUAAACAAAGCUGUCAAAUAAAAUAAACAUGGUCUGUCAAAAACUAGUCAAGAAAAAAUAUGGGUGGUCAUGUGAUUUUUCCUCACAGGUCCAUGCAGAUAUCGUGGAGAUAAAAUAUGCACGGUCCAUGUAGAAAUCUCUACUGCUCUAAAUUCUCAUUUUACUCAUAAUGAACCUCGGCUAGCCAGUAAUAUUCCCCAAACUAACGACUGUUUUGAAGGUAACAUUAUGCCAUCGGACUCUUCAAUCGGCAACGAAAUUGUUGAGAUAUGCUUUCUACUCUGGUCACGUGUCAGUCCCUACCGAGCUUGUACGUGGCGUUUGGCUUGUCAACACUUUGACUUCAACAGCACCAAUAUAUUGGCUCUCCGACAAUCUGCGCUUGAGCUUCAGCUGGUAUUUGCGAACAACGGGAAAGGAUUUUUUAAAACCGCUCUUUUUAGCAGACGUUCGUGGGGUAGGGACGCGUGACGAACCCCCAAGAGCGUCUACUUGUGAAGCUAAUUCGCUUGUACGAAUUUUGUUCACUUGUUGUAAAUAAUCACUUGCUCACUCGUUCGUUUGUCGGACUCUUGAGGAAUUAUCGGUAAGUUCGAACGCGCUCACCAACCUUAUUGCUGCCUCGCGAGCAAGUCUGAAGCGAGCGAGCAAGGCAGCAAACCUAUUACGCACAGGGACAAAAAUUUUCGAUUUGUACCCACGAUGCAUCUGGAUUCUUACCACAAUUCCUUGCACGCCCAUUGCUUUUAUACACCGACCUCUGCUUGCGUUUUAUUGCAUGAACUGUUCGUUGAGGUUAGUUGAUAUCCUCGCUUUUAGUGUGUCUGUGAUUUCUCGGCUUUCGUUUCUUUUAGGGGACCGUCAGCUUUUAUAGAGGAAAAACCUUACUGAAUGCAAUACAUGCAAGUUUAUGCGAGAAUGUGACGAAUGUAUACGCCAAACGUAGAAUGUAUAACGCAGAAAAAUGAAUCUAUUUUAGCUAUUAUUGUAUUAUUCUCGCUUGAAUCUACGGUAAAUUGCCUAAAAUCCAAGAAAAUCACAAAGAAAUGUCCCGACUGCGAGAUUCAUGGUUCGUGGCUAAAAGAUACUUUUAGAAAUGACAUGUAUUUGCGCUUUAUUCAUUCUUGUCUUUCUUUGUUGUUGAACAUACACUAUUUUUUUAGCCCUGAUUUUUUUCGUCCUUAAACUUUUCAUUUUGCCUGCGCACAAGUUGUUUUCCUCUUCUGAGCGACGCUCCCCUUAAAGUAGCGGGCUAUUGCACUCUCGAAAACUCUCGAAGAAUGUACAGUGGAACCCCGCCUUACGGCCAUCUCGAUGCGGUCACCUCGUUUUUUCGGCCACCGGCAAAACGGCCGUACAUUUUCUUACAAAAAGCCGUCGCUAAUACAGUCACCCGUUCAUACGAGUAGAUUCUUUUACAAUUUCACCCCGUUAAUACGGCGACUCGUCAGAAAUGUCGAAAACUAAAAUGCCCGUGACAUGUGAAUUUCAUUGACCUUGUAAGCAGAGCUUGUUUUUGCACUGUUUUUAGGCCAAUAAGAAAUAACGAUGCAUUAAUGUGAGGGUCUAACACCGACUUUUAAAAGUCUUUUACAUGUAUGUACUAAAGGAAAGCGAUAUCUACUUUCCAGCAACCUCGUCCCCAGGGCUUUUCCCUUUUCCCGCCCCACCCAUUUUUUAAGGGAAAAGCCCUGGGGACGAGGUUGACUUUCCAGUUGUUUAUUAAAGAUAACACAGUUGUACACGAAGUGUGAUGUAUGCAUAUGGUGUAUAUGAAAUUUGACCCUGCCCCGGUAAUACGGCCAAAUUUAUUGGACCCAUUUUUUCAUUGGUGACGGUAUAAACGGUGUUCCACUGCAAUGUGUUUCUUUCGAAAUUUUUUGAACAUCGACUUAAGCACUUUUGAUUAUCUUCUACUCUCCUGGUUUUUACAACAAUUAUAGAAGAUAAUGCUCUUACUAAUAACCAGAGUAAAAUUUCUGACGACUUGGCUAACAAAUUGCGUCACAAACGUUACACAUGAACUAUUCUAAUUACGCGCCAGCUGAAAGCAAAUUUAAUGCAAACCUAAUUUGGUGAUAAACAAAUCGACAUCCUCCUGAUCAGGGCAGCACUCUUUUAGCUAUUAGGUACACUAGUCUAAUCUAUAAUCUAUGCCGGCAUUCGACUCCUGUUAUAUUAUGUGUUCAGUUUAGCUAUAAUCACCAUCCAUAAAGAGAUAUAUUUCAUUGUCUUUUUAUCCUGCGCAUUGUUCGCUGAUUGUUUCUCUCUUCAUGGAAAGAUUAUUGCUGGCUUAUGCAUUUGGGUAUUUUCAGUUACGAAUGGAAUAAUUUAUACCAGAGGAUAUAUGUCAGGGUUUUCACAUGACGUUUUCAAAAAUUCAAACGAGAGAAUUAUCGCUCCUCCUGCGUUUUUCCUUUCAUGAAGUACUCGAGCAGCUAAAACUAAAUAUAUUCACACAAAUUUUCACUUUGAAAGGAUUCUUCUUUAGUUUGAUACAUUACGCUUGAAUUUCUAAGCUUUUCCGUGAUGUAGAAUUUACAUGGCGGCCGAGAGACCGGUCGACCGUUCAGGUUAAAAAAGUGACUUAUAUUGGGGUGAUUGUGAUAUCUGAACAGUCAUUGUAUUAGGAAAAGUAUUACUUUAAUGCUUAUUAUGAGUUCCCUGAGAAAUGAAAUCACGCUUUCGUAGCAAAACUCAAUGACAGAUUUUUCUGUUGGUUUCUGGCCGCCAUCCGGAUGGGCGCUAACAUGGCGUCUCCACACAAAGCUCUAUAAACAAAGUGAGCAAAUUAUUUUUCCUAAUAUCUCGCCGAUAUAAAAAAUGGCACUGACCUGAAUUUUGGCGAGGAUCUUAAGAUAUUUAUUUCCUUUCAUUUACCAGAAUCUUGACUAUAUCUAUUGGACGGUUUUGACCAUGAUUUUUGAUGGCUUGACCGUGAAAACCAGCAAUAACUGAUUUUUCUUGCUUGUUUUAAUUUUUUCUCAGAACCUUGGGUCCUGAUCAGUGUCAUGCAAUGCAGUGAUGUGUGGCAGGAUGCAGGAAAAGAAGAGUUUAUUUUUCCCGUUUGCAAGUAAUUGAAUAGAAAGAGCCUAUAUUUAAUUAAGACCGUUACACUGCUCUUAGACCGUUUUAAGACCGUUGCACUGGCUCUGUGUUUUUCAUGUUAUUGACUGGGAUGAAGCGCGUAACAACAGAAAAGCGAGGACUAACAAACAUGCAAUUAUUAAAACUUCUGUAAAAGCACUUACUGGUAAUUACUGAAGCAAAAUAAAAUUCGGUGCAAACAAAUUGUUGCUGUUUAAUCCUUACUGGAAUGCUUUUAGUCUUUCAUUGUAGGAAAGGGUUGCCAUCUUAAGAAACAGACCAUUAUAAGUUUGGACGGAGGAGUUCAGUCAUUAAAUUUAUUUAUCAUUCAAUACUUUAAUUUCCAAACCGUUUACUUCAAGUCAUACGUUUCUUCUCAAAAUAUAUCAGUUUCACUUUCUGUUUGGCUUCGUUCGUUACCUUGUUGUUACCCUCAAUUUUUUGUAUGUAAGGGACUGGUCAAAAAGUAUGGGGGGGCCGGAGCAUAAACUUGAUAAAAAGCACAUGGUCCCUUUUUUGACUGAACCCCUAAAGCAAGGUUGGAAAUUGUUGGCCAAUUUGUUAUCAAUUUUUAAAACUCAGAUCCUUUUUUUUAACCUCCAACGCCCCUCGAUCGUUCGCAAACGCCCCUGAUGUGCCAUUUCAGACAUUUUAUUUAAUAUAUCAUUUUUCAAAGAAAUUUUUGCCGGACCAACACUCAGGAUCUUUAAAUGACUGAGAAGAAACGUCCCGAGCGGCGAGCAUCGAGGAGAAACGGCUGUUCAGUCGCCGUCUAUGAUACGAACGUUUUGAGAAUAGCGGGUGGCUCAUUAAGAUAAGAGGAGUACUGGAGCUCUUGUGACGGAGCAAGAGAAAUUAGAUCACAUAGAUACGAAAACGAAGGCUCCCUGAGCUACAACCGUGGGGAGUUUGGCACGUAUAGUACUAAAAAGUAAAGUCUUUAAAAUAGGAACGCGUUCUCUGAUAGGUAACAUAGUGUGGUCUGCAUAGUAAUGGAAUUAAUUUGUGAUACCUAACUUUGGACCCCAAUAAAAAAAGCUGGUCUAACAUGCAUUUCAAGUUCUUAAAUUUGAAGGAGGUUACGAUAAUUGACUCGGAUUAAGUUAUGAUGCAUGCAAAAUUGUCAUUUUAGUUCUUGGAUAGACUCUUCUAAGACCUCGUACAUUGUAUACAACAGUAAAUAACUUUCAAGCCAGUUCCGUAAAGCUGUUAUAACAGGUGAAUCAUCACACAACAAGAUAAGUUCCAUUUAGACCAAUAGUCUUGUUGCUUAACAUCCAAGAUCUGAUUAGCACAGAGAGCUCCACUGCAGCAAAGGUACGAAUCUGCUUAGCUGAGUCAUCAGAAGGAAAUAAAAUACAAACAACUGAGUGUUAUCAACUCAAUCAUGGACAUCAGACAGGUGAAAAUCGAUGCCUAUUUUAAAAACUUCACGGCAAUAAAGGGUUAAUCAGUAGUUUUGAUAUUGUUUUAUUUUGAGUUGCACCGCUUUGAUUUAUAAUGUUAUAAUUUCAAAAAAAUUCUCGAGGACUUAGGGGUCACCUUUGUUUGAAGAUUAAUAUGACACAGUCGCCUAACGUUGGAAAUGCUGGACAUUUUAUAUGUAGUUAUACAUUUCCUGUAAACACUUACUGAGGCGCUAUACUGGACUGUUAUGAAUAUAGUGUCUUUUCAUGAAUAUUACAGUGCUUUAUAAACAAAACAAAGUAAUCAGCAACUUGACAUUAAAAAAAAAAAAAAAAUUCUAAAACUCCAUGUAAUUUUAAAUGAUGCGUAACCUACAGUCAGCUCUAAAAGCCUUUCGAAGUAGGAAACGUUUUCAAGCCGAGGGCAUUAUCCGUGACAUAAACGAAGCUUAUUCAUAACGCGAGAUCAGUAAGAAAACUGGUUUCACCAUUUUGCCUUAAACAUCUUUUCAGACAAUAUUUGAUUAAAAUCUAUCUCAUCAGAGACUGAGAGAGGAGAUGAGCGAUGAGUAAAGUUACCCAAAUCCUAGAUUUCACUUCCAACAGUCGACUAACCUUUAAAGCCACUGGUCGAUAUAAGUCUGCAAAAAUGUGACGUUUUGGCACUAUAUACGGCGCUUUUUUGGGUGGACGUCCUUAGGGUCCAAUACAAAGCUUUGGCAAUCCCUUUUAAUAAUUUCAGCAUGUCGUUCUUACUCUCGCCUACAAACAUCGUACCAGACUAAACGAUAGAGUCCUUACUCCUAAAAACGAUUUAGGACUGAAUCAACAUCAGCUUAGUUCAAGGAAAUAUCUUUUGCAGCAUAGACUGUGAGCAGUGUCUUAUUCUUCUUUGCAAAGUUACUGCAUGCGAAACCAAAGCAUGCGAGCCGAGCCUCGAUAAACUAGGGCAAUAAUAAGAGGAAAAAAUAAGAGACUGCUGACUCUUUAAGCUGAAUUCCUUGCCUUGAAUUCCUUUUUACAGCAGUUUCCUUCUGUAAGAUAUCCUUAAACGUUUUAGUUUACGAGCAAUUACCGCUUGGUUCGUUAUUGUUCGUAGUUAGUUGUGACGCUUGACUAAAUAACAGUUUUUAAACUUUAUGAAUUUUCUUCAGAAGCUGACUUGCUUAUACUGAGAUUUAGUUACUAAAGUUGGUUUUUUUACUGAUGACCAACCUAAUGUGCUUUAUAUAUAUGACAAUAAGCCACUUGCACCAAGAGGUCAUGUGACCAAUGCUUCCUUUAAACAAUGAGUUGGAAUCUUGCUGAUGCCAAAAAUUAACAGAGCACAUAAAAAUUAUCUUACACCCGAAAUUUGAGAGGAAACGCAUUUAAGGAAGAAUGUUUUAUGGCACCUUGAUUUUUCAACAAACUAGUAUGAUUUGUAUUGGCCGCCAUGUUGGAGGGCAUACUCUUGCCCUCCAACAUGGCGGCCAAAACUACUUUUUACUUAUAUGUUGUUAAACGUUUGAUAGUUACGUUCAGAUGUGCUGCUAGAAACGUUACCAAAUCAUCUUUUCAACAUUUCCUUGAAGUUUAAGUGCAAAAUUAGUGUUCAGAGAGAGGUAAUUCAUAAUUUUAAAAAUCACAUUUGGUCACAUGAAAAACCAAAUCACUAUUAUUUGUUUAAGAUAUGACCCACUAAUCAUUUAUCGAAGGCAAAACCAUAUAACUUUCAUUUUCAUAAAAACAAUGUCACAUGACCUCUUUAAUAGUGCAAAUGGCCUAUAAAGCUAGCAGAUUAAAAGCGCUUUUUAAAAAGCUUUGAAUGCAGAAAACCUCAUAUCGCCGGUGAAUAAAAAUCAGCCUGUGCUACUGCUUUCAAACUGAAACGUACUUCCAGCACCUAAAACCAUUUACAGGUCGAAACACAUAAAUGAUGUGGAAAACCAAACGACCCGAUUCCUCAGACUUCGAACCUGCAUGCUACUAGGUGUAUUUUGUAUCUAUUCCCACAACAGGGACAAUUCUAUACUUUACGACCCCUCCCUAGGGUAAAUUCUUACCGGCUCCCAGAUUUGUAUCUAUUGUACCAUUCUGGUAACAGGGGCGACAACUAAGGACAGCUAGCGAUCUUUGCUGGAUUACCAGGCGCCCAGCAUCUUUGCUGGAUUACCAGGCGCCUUACAAUUAAAAUAGUUUGAUUAUCAAAAGCGUGUAUUGAUCGCGGCCAACGCACAUGAUUUAGCGAUGAGAUUCUGAAGCAAUUUAUAACACUUAUAAAGUCGAGAGAGAAAGCGCCAGGUUGUCUUAAAUCGACUGAUAUAAGACGACAAGGAUGAAAUUAAUUCAACAUUCUUGUCUGGAACCCUUCUAUAAAGAAGUGUCCGGCUGUCUGCUCUUUGUUUUGUUUCUGCAGAAAACAAAACGGCGACUGAAAUAUUUUUUGAUCACAGACAACUCACACUGCUGCUGCUCGUAACUGGGUUUGCCUAACGGUCGCGGGUUGCUGAUCGCGGGUUUUAUGUCGCAGGUGGGAAAAAUGAUUUUGCGUAAACUGAACAGAGUGGGAAACGUCAGUAGACUGGUAGCGUUGACAACUUUUCAUGGCUGGGUGGAACUAAAGGGGUUGAUAUCAGUUGGGACGCUGGUCCUGUUUUCGAUUCCGUGUUAAUUUGCUUUGAAGAAAUUCUAUCAUUUUAUGUGUGGCUCAGCAAGGAUUAAGAACUUCUGAAAAGGAGCUAUGAUAAAGAAAUUAUCAAAAUUAAAAAUAUAGGAACUGACACCAAAUAGAACGAAACAUAAAAAAAGCCGCCGUCAAAACUCUAAAAGAAGGAAUAAAUAAAACAAAAAAAAACAUAGUAAACACAAAAGGAAGCGCGAAUGACAAACUUGAAGAUGAUUGAAACGUUUGAUAUAUUGCUUGGGAGACAUUGUUUUACACGAAGGUAUAAUGGUGGCAUUCGCGAGUAAUUUCUAACUGGCGUAAUGCCCAAUAAACAUGAAUAAACAAAAUGAACGUUAACUACCAGCCGUGACGUUACAGCCACUUUAUAUUAACUGUUUUUCGUCUUUUACUUGUCUUUCAGUUCCCUGAGCGCUGAACGCGGGACCCCCCUAUCGAACUCCAGCUUAUGUGGCGAUUCUGCAGUUGAGAUAAUUUAACCUCGUUAGGGCUGUUAAGGCUGUCAAAAAAGUUUGAAAAUUCUUACUGUACGGUAAUAGGCCCUUUGCAACUAGCCAUUCCGUGGUACAAAACCACGGUGCUGGAGAGCAAAAGUCUCACCGGCACAAGACAAACAAAAGGCAUGAAUAAUUUUAAAUGGUAAUCUCCUUUGUUUGUCUUGUCCCAGUGCGAUUUUUGCUUUCCAUCAUGGCGGUUUUGUACCACGUGAAUGGCUAGCUCCAAAGGGCCUAUUGCUUUCAGGAUCAGCUGUCAUUUUCUAAGGUUUUUUUAUAGAAGUAAGUGGGGUAAAGAUGUAAGAGCAGUUGUUAAUGGAUCAAUAAAUGAGACCACAAUAAAAGUAAAUUGUAACGUAUUGAUGCUGGUGAUCGUUUGUAAGGAAGGAUCGGGAGAUAAGCCUGUUUCACAGACCCAGGUGAAAACUUUGAAGCCCUCGAUUAAGCUUAUAGACUGAAUUGCAGCCUGAUGGAGCGACUCAGCUCACAUCUCUUCUCUUGGAGAGCUCUUUGUCUUAGAUUAACCUUAACUGCCGCUUAUAACCCUUCUUACUUAUGAGUCCUCCCAGUUAUUAUAAGCUCAUGAACCUGUAAACAGAAAAAAUACAAUCCGAUUAUAAGCCCCAUGAGAUCUAAGCCCCUCCGUUUAUAUAAGCUCUCACGGCUAAUUAACCCCUUACGAGGAAGUGUAAUCUCACUGCAGGGCUUAUAAGCAGCAAUUUACGGUAUUCAAACCAAACAAGCAACAAAACGAGGGAGGGUGUACUCGACCGAUAUUUGGGUAUAGGUCAUGAUUAGAACCGUUGAAGGUGGCUAAAUAAGCUUUAUAACGAACCUCACUUAUUCAUGGUUGUCGGCUUUCCACCCAAGAUUGGUUAAUGUAAGAGAUCUUCUCUCUCUGUGAUGUUCAUGAAACGCGAAAUAAGUUGCUAAUGCUACCAGUAAGAAAAAAAACCUUUCAUGAUUAUUAGAAUUUCAGGGGCACCCAACGGCAAUUUUCGGGAAAAUAUCUGUUCGGAAGACGAUUUGAGAACUAGAAUUUUGGGAACAUUUGUUGUAAAAUUUCUUGCUUGCCUGCCUCUCCUAGGAUUUUCGAACAUCUACAAAAUGGUAUAAUUACCCAUUUUAAACGGAUAUUUACCCUAAAAAAGGCCACCUAGGAUUUUCGGGAGCCUUUUUUCUGGCUGAAAUUUUCGAAAAGGUAAGUUUUGAUCCCUAUAAUUUUCGGAUCACUAGACUUUCAGCUAGGAAAUCCGAACAGAUGAAAAGUUUUUAGGGGACAAAAAUAUGCCUAUAUCUACCGUUUAAAUACUAAAAUACGUUCAACAACGCUAUGUUAAGUGGUUUUGAACUAUAUCCUCGUUGGGUGCCCCUGGAAUUUCUAUGCGUAAGUGUAUAAAAGAGAACAGCAACAACAACAACAACAAAACAAGAAGAACCAGAAGCAGCCUUUUAUCUUAAGUCUAUUAUACAUUGCGAAAUAAGAAGAUCAAAAAUUAUCAAAAAGAAUUUAUCAGCAGUUGACUUUGAGACUUAAAGAGAUCUACUACAACCGUUACAGUUAAAAAGAGGAAACAUUGUCAUUUCAUAACUGAGUAUAGUAUAGAACACCAUAUCACUCUCAGUGCCAAACAGCGCAAAAGAACCUUAAUUCUUCUAUGCUUCAGCGUCCUUUAAAUGCUAUAUAAAAAAAAAAAGAAAAGAAAAGAAAAGAACAAGAAAUAAAAGGCCAGUAGGGCUACAUACCUCGAGCGAAAAGAUCAGAGAAUGGGUACAUGCAAAUGCAUGCAAUUCAGAAAUAGAAUCAAAAACUAGAUUCAGAGCCCGGACUUAGUUUGCAAUAAAGGCGGCUUGUACUAAGAUUUAAGAAAACCCUACGAAAAAAUUUUGUUUCGAGUCGCCAAAUUGUAACUUCUGAUAGGAUUAAGGCAAAUGGUUUUUAGCAGGUUGAUUAAGAGCUAAUUUUGCACAUGUGAACGCUUGAUUCGUGAAGCGUGAGCGCCGCAGCUAAUCCAUACGUUUGGCCACUAUAGACAAACAUUCAUUUCAUUAGCCCAAAAUUCAUUGGAAAGGCACUCUUCCUCUGAUCUUAGUAGUCGUCGUCCUCGAAUCUAAAGGUUUCUAGGUUUUGUCAGAGAGCCAGUGGAAGUUUCCAGACCCUCCCUCGGGGCCCUCUAGUGAGUGCUCUUCCCGCUAUGGCCCGAAGCUCUCGCAAGCUAAUGAAUCAACGAUUUGUUAAUAUUCUUCUGAUUCUUUCCUAACAGUUUACACACAGAAUCCGUCUAUUUGGUCUGAGGACAGAGCAAAGAAUUUUCUAGAUUUGUCAAACGGCUUUUACACUCACUUCGGUAAUAGUUGAGCAAAACACAAAUUAGCAAGUUGGUACGAAAAUUGAAAUAAGUUAUUAAAACAAUCUUGAAGCUGAGUUUAAGAUCUCGUAAGUGAUUCUUAAAACCGUCAGUAUGCUAAAAGUAUUCCCCUUAUUUUUCCAUUUAUGCUGCAUAUAGUUUGAUUAAAUGAACUUUUAGAUACAAUUUUUAUAAAUAAUAAAAAAAACUGAUGCGCUUCUUUAAUAAAAAAGUUGUAAAUGAUCAAUGUGAACUUAGUAUAAUUUUUAAACUAAAAUACGAAACAAAUUCUACAUGUAUCGUAAAGUGCUGAUUUCUUCAGUUAGCUUGCAAAAACAUUUACUGAGUGGGUUUGACUUGGAAGCAGUUUUGACGUCUAAAUUAUAGACCGCCGGGCUUUACACUUCUGCUCACUGUGUCAACUAAGGUUAUCUCUAAGUCGUAGACAUAAUCUGAAGAGGGCAAAUUCACAACAUUUUCAGUUAAAUCUGACGUUAAUGAAUUGUUCUUAAUUGAAGAAGACGAGUUCGAUUUGUUUUGCAUUGAGGAGGGACUUAACAGCUAAGACAACACCCAAACACAAAUUUGAAUUGAGCUUAUGAUUCGACAUUAAUUGCUGUUACCUUAAAAGAACCAAAUUCGUUUUAAUUUGUUUUAAGAAACAGCUGUUUAGCCAGAACUUUGUUCGUAGUAAAAUAUCACUCUUUUGCUCCAUUAGGAAAUUAGUUACGUUUACCUUUCACUUAAAGCCGCGGUAUUCACAUACACUAAGUUCUCAACAAUGAUUUCCAUACAUUUCCUUAGAAAGUUAAGUUAAGAGAUAGAUAAAGGAUCAAAAGCAUUUCACUUUGGCAAUCAUUUCAUUGACUCUCGUUAUAACUUUGUUUGUCCUCGAGUGCGAAUUGAUAUUGUUGGGAAAAUUGAUGCAUGUUGAUCUACGGACUUAAAGGUCGCAUUGCUCUGAGUAUCCAGCUUCAAUGCAUCAAUCGGUAAAUAAAACUUAAUUCUCUCACCCUUAAUGCAUCAAUCAAUUAACAAACAUAACGUCAGGUACAUCUAUUCCAGAUUCUGUAUUUUAAAUAGUCGUAUUUGAUUUGUUAAUGGACCGGUUAAAUUUUUUGGAUUAAGAGCAUAUAAGAAAGUGUUUUUCUCAGACAAUUUCGCAUUCAUUUUCGAUACUGAUCGAGAUGAUACUGCUGGUAUUGCUACUUUCUGGAGCCAGUAUCGUGAGAGGUAAGAGCACUUUUGUUUUUCAAAAUGCAAUAACUAAAAUAUAUAUCUCAAGAAAUUGUUCAUUUUACAAUUUCAAUUUUUUCACAUUGCUUGUUUCUGUCUUGUUUCUUUUCUUUUUUCAUUAUAUUGUCAAAGUUCAAAGGCUCAUUAUUCCAUAGCGAAGGUUAGAAAAAAGGCAUAUUUUCACCCCGGGUUCUGAUGAUAAUAAAAUGUCGUUUAUUGUUGUAUUGCAAACAUUUUUACUCCAUUGUACAACAUUUUGAGUAAAAAUAUCAUUGAAAGUGUCUUUCUGUUAUUAAAAAUUCUUUCAGAUAGUGAGGUGUAAAAUUUGGCCCCUUUAAUUUCGACUUCGUAGAUAGAAGAUCGCCCAUUAAUUUAAUCUGUACUUUAAAUGUCCUUUGCCUUGAAGCUUCUGGGAAUCGGUAGUGUUAUUAUAAAGGGGUUGUGUCCCUGCUGUCGUCUAGUUCAUACAUUUUGCUUGUAUUUGACAAUUCUUCAUUUCGAGUGCGCCUAUCGCCAUCUCAUAUUCAACGAGCGCGGAUAUAUGAGAUGACUAUCUACCAUCUCAUAUUCAACGAGCGCGAGUGGAAUAAUUGUUUUUAUUAAAAACGCCCUCAAAAUAUCGAGAAUUCUUCCCAACUUUAUUUGUAAGAACAACCAAUUUUCAGCUUGUUUUUAAUUUUGAGCAGAUGCGUACAGUUACCAUAUUUAGAGGGCAUGUUAUAAUGGUUCAUGAUGGCUAAACCAAUCGGAGCCCUAGAAUUGCAUUAUCAAACGAUUCGUGCCAUUUGCACGUCCUUUUUCGCAACGGAUCAUAAUUAUUGACGAAUUAUUGGUAAAUUACAAAAUCACAGCUUCAUGAUCAAGUAUUGUUAGUAUCAAACAAUACAGAGGUCAAAAAUAAACUUUGAUCAAAACUGUUAGGCUAACAAGUUUUCAAAACCGGCAGCUGCAAUCCGUUUUAACCUUCUUCUAUAGAGUAAAACAAUAACAAUUAACUGUACUGAAGUACACGUACCAACUUCGCGGUAUUUUCUAUAGAGUGCCCAUCCAGACCUCCUUUUGUAUUUGUAUUUGUAAUUGGCUAUAUACCUUCCUUUAUUGUUUUGAACGAUUAUUUUUAUGUUUCUCACAGUUUGGUUGCAGUUUCCAUUGUUUGAAUUUUGAUGACUUUCGUGACACAGCUCUUUUAACCAAACGUUCUUGGGGCUUAAUUCCUAGUAAGUAAUUUCUUGAAUAUUUUUUUACUUCAGCUCAGGCAUUGCCUUGUGGCAGUACUCCCAUAGUUCAAUCACGUGUCAUUGGAGGCCAGAAUGCUACGCCAGGAGCUUGGCCUUGGCAGGUAUGGUUAAAGGUGAAUCUAUAUCUUUCCCCUUAAGCUUAUCUUUACGAUUCUGAAAAUGCUCGCUUUUUUUGACGUACCGUUAUGAAAUCUCAAUUUGGUGAAGGUAAAGUACCCGUGAAUGCACUGGCUUUUAUGAAAUUAUCACCACGAUGCUUAUAAAUGGCAUAGUUAAAAGAGUGGAAUGCUGUUGAAGGCCGCCAGACCCCUUUGUUAUAUGUUUUUGUGGACCCUGAUGGUGCACGUUACGUUCAAUAGCUUUCCAAAUAUGAUUUUGAUCUUAUUGACCAAUAUAUAGGGAACCCACACUCUUAUUUGUAAACUGCAAAUGGAAAUCAAAUAAGAGAUAAAAUUUUACCUGUUUUGUUCUAUUCUUUAUCCUGUUGUGGUGCGAAGUGAAAUGUAAGUUGUUUUACGAUGCGAACUGAAUAGCCUGUUCCAGGCAUUCAGAAUGCUUUAUCUGGUCACGCGCCGGUUGUUAUUAUUGUCUCGCGUUUCAUCGUUGGUUAUUAACAAUUUGAAUUACACUCUUUCUCGAAUUGUUAAUAAAUUAAUAACCAACAAUGAAACGCGAGACGGUAUUAACAACCGGCGCCUGACAGCAUGAGUGAAAUGAGAGCCAAACCACAUAAAGCAUUGUGAAAUCAACAACGGUUAAAGAGUCGACUUGAACAUAGUUUUCGCAUCGUAAAACAACUUCCAUUUCACUUCGCAGCACAGCAGAUCCAAGAAUAGAACAAAACAGGUAAGAUUUUAUCUCUUAUUUAAUUUCCAUUUGCAGUUUACAGAUAAGAGCGUGGGUUCCCUAUGACCAAUAUAAACUGUUUUAGUAUUAAUUUAUUUCGACACAAUUUGUAAACAGAAAACAAAGGAUUAUGCACCGUCAGGGAGCAUAAAAUACAGCACCGCUGUUUUUAUCUUUGAUGUUUGCCAUAUCCCAUAAUUCCUAGCGUCAGUUAUAUUACCAUCUUAUUUCUUCUUAUGCACAUUUGUCAAUUAACAUCUGAGAGGGCGGUCAGCGACCCACCUUCCUAUCCCCCAGGCAUUACGCGGCGCACUGCGUCCAAUGCAUGUGAAUGUACUGCUGUCUACUGCACCUGUGGAAUAGCCUCCGUAGCAAGCGUUUCCGUGCGAGUUCGUCGAGAAAGUUGGAACGAGAGCAAAAACGAGACGACGUUCGCGCAAUAACUCGAUUGGAAACGCUUGCUACGCUAGCCUGCGUAGCUGGCGGUAUUGUGUAGUAGUGGAGUGAACACGGCUCCGCCGCCAAAACUUUAAUCUCGCACCCACACAAUACCGCCAGCAACGCAGGCAAGCUACGCAGACUACCUGUGGACUGCAGCGACCAUUUUCACUCCUCCAUAUCUCAUGGUAUAUUCAUGUGUAUUGUAAAUAGUUAGAAUAUGUUAAUAGGGAAAUGGCUACUUGGACGAUCCCAGUGCGUACAUCAAUUGCCCUUUGAUAGUCACUUCUGACGUCUAUAGACUCCUUCUGUCCAACAUUGUUUCAAAACUACCUCAACAGAUUAUUACGGAAACAAAAUGAUAUAUAAAAGCUGAGAAGCCCAACAGCCAUUUAAUAAGCAACAUGUAGUAAUUUUUGAAUGUGUUCUUUUGCAGAUCGCUUUAAAACGUUAUGGCCGCUUCAUUUGCGGAGGGUCGCUGAUUUCUAGUCAGUGGGUGGUAACCGCUGCUCAUUGUGUAGCAGGAAGUUCGUAAGUGUCUGCAUUCUCAAUCCAUUUUUUACCCCAUGUAAGGGAAUCCGGAUUCCAAAAUCCGCGAAAUUUUUGCCCUUGGAAUCCAAAAUCCUGGGCUUUGCAAUCGCGAAUACUGCUCAACGAAGUUGUAAUCUGAUUAAUGAUUGGAAUCCAGAAUCCAAGUUCCACUGACAAAGACCUGAAUCCAGCACCUGGAAUUCGGAAUCCACGGCGUGGAAUCCAGAAUCUAAGACUGUCGUGGAUUACCUUAGAUGAGGCGACGUUUUUAUAUGCAUCGAUGACUACAAAAUCUGAAACCUUGAUCCAUUCCAGUAUAUUUUUAUCGCAAUUUAUGAUGUUUUUAAAGUCUUCAGCUAAGUUUAAAGCUCUGGACAUUUCUUUAAGGCAAACGACCUCCCUAGCAGCUUUUUAGCGAGGCUUACCUACAGCUGUACCUAAAGCAGCAAAUUUUAAUUCAUACUUCUAUCCUGAAUCAUAGAGCAUUUUAUAUUGUAUUCAUACUUUUAUCCUGUAUUACAGCGCAUUUUAUAUUGUAAUAUGUAUUUUUUAGGCUAUAAUUUUUUUUUUAUCAAUAACUCAAUAUUUUUAGCUUAUAGUUUAUGUCUUACUGAAGAGGACCCCUCUACAAACCACUUAGUCAGUGAAUCUGGUUUCCUCAAUAAAGAUUAAAUUAUUAUUAUUUAUUUGGGAGGUUAUAGGUUCGAAUCCUGUUGGGGACUCAGUUUUUUUCUUUGUCCCACGCUCGUGACAUGCUGAUUAUUUCAUUUUCACGUAAAUUAUUAUUAUUAUUAUUAUUAUUAUUAUAUUAAGUUAGUGACGGCAAAUAAAGCUCGAUUAGUUGUAUGGUUUAUCUCUUUUUAUUGCCCUAAAACUAGACUUUCCGUAUUAUACUCGUUUGUUUGUUGUAGGAAUCCCUUAAGUUAUAAAAUCGUGGUCGGCGAUCAUAACAGGAACAUUAACGAGGGAACGGAAGAAGAAGUUGGCGCCAAAAAAGUAAUCUCGCAUCCAAAUUAUAACAGUCCACGUCUAAGCAGUGACAUCGCGUUGAUUCAGCUCUCCUCGCCCGUGAAGCUCUCUCAGCGAGUUAAUCCUAUCUGCCUGCCCAAUCAUGACUCGGAUGUCCCCACAGGAUCAAAAUGCUACAUCACAGGUAUUUGAAACGAAGACCUUUUUCUAAGAGAAGUCUUCAGGGUUUUAACUGUUAAGUUUAAAAAAAUAAAGUAAAAUUAAUUACAUAUUUUAACAUUUUUUUGGUGCCCUCAAAAAGCAAAGCCAUCUUACACGACAUCGAGAGAUGCAUGGCGAAAAUCAUGUUUGACAACUUCGGAAGUCUUAAAUUUUCGAUGAUGAAUACAAAUAUGCGAACUUCAUUGUCUCAGUCAGCCCUUCAACUUUCUGGAUGGGUAAAAAUAAAACAACAACAACAACAACAAAAAAAGUAAUAGGGAACAAGGAAGAGAGGUCGUGAUUUUGUUUGGCUGUUCAACGUGUGCGUAAUGACGCGCAUACUAGAUCUUUUUCAUAAUCGCGAAUGAUUAAUAUAUUAUUCUAUAUGUGCGACAAUUAGCCUUUCUGACCUCGUUUGAAAGCAAGGAUUCUUUUACAUUUUUCGCAUGCUAACGAGGCCAGAAGGCUAAUUAUCACACAUAUAAAAGAAUAUAUAAAUAGGGCGCUAUUAUGAAAGAGGUCUAUUCAUCAGUCAAACAGCCUUUAGAGAUUUACUAACGUUUUGUUUGAAAAAAACUUUUUUUUUUCUGACUUGUGCUGUUGUAUAAGAGUAAUAAUUAGCAGAUUAAAUAGGCGUAAAUUAAAUAUUGCAAAAGCAAAUUAAGCAACUGUGAGAACAUUCUUCGUAUUUUCCAGGUUGGGGAAAGAUCAAACAUCCGGGAAGUUCACAUCAUAUUUUACAACAAGCCAUGAUGCCUCCUAUUGACAAUGCAAAAUGCAGACAAAAGAUACAGAGUUCUGGAGGUAUGUUCCAAAGCGUUGCAUAUUGUCCUACUCGUUCGAAAAAACUGAAGAGGAAAAUCAGAUAGGCCCUUCAAGUCCUGAACCGUGAACACUUCCCUUUGAAAUCAAAGAGGUCAUUAGCCUGAGUACCAGGCCUUCCUAAGGGGCUAGGGGAGAGGAGAUUUGAGAUGCGGGAGGGGGGAAGCUCUCUCCUUUUUUCGCUUCCAUCUUUCCCCUUUUCCCCAGAAACGCCUGAUACUCAGGCUAAGAAGUCAUUUAACUCCAGGGCCCGAUUCGGGAACAGGAAUGAUUCCUGAAAGGCUUUGCGCUAAUCCGGGAUUAAAAUUUGUUUCACCCCUUGUAUUUACCUUCCUAUCUAUUGCGUAGAGUAUCAUUUUGUGUUAUCAUCACUGGAGCUGCAGCUCGAGUUACAUGUUCUUAUAGAGAAGAAACCCUCGUUUAAAUGUGGCUCCAAUCUUGGGUUAAACUUAACCGUCUUCAGAGGGACUGAGGCCAGGAAACUUUCUUACAAUUGUCAAGUUGGAUGAGCUAAAAUACUCGCAAAGAAGUUUGAAAACGUGCCGUUGUAGUUUACCACGAGCUCGUCAACUUCCUUAUUAUAUCACAAAGCACCACUUGCAUUUGCAUGUAUCCUAGAGGAGGAAAAAUGUUUCUUGUCCACCGCAGAAAACAAAGCAAUGACGCACACAAAACCCUAAAUCUGUAGUCCGAAAUUAAACAAUCCGCGCCUAUAACGCUAACUCGACUGAAAUAGGGCAAAUGGUGUUCAUUUCUAUUGCGUCUUUUUCUCAAGUUUCACCUACACUAGAUAUAUCUUUAAGUAAAUAUAAAAUACCUACCUCGCUAUUUUUAUAUCUCGAUAGUUGCUAUAAGCCUGACUCCACAAAUGCUGUGCGCCGGAGUGGAAAAUACUAUUUUAAGUGGUUGCCAUGGUGACAGUGGAGGCCCAUAUGUGUGUCUAAAUGCCGAUGGGAAAACGUACACUCUUCACGGAGCAGUCAGUUGGGGAUCUGCACGAUGUGAUGCCAAACAGUUGUUCUCUGUGUUUGCCCGAGUGACUCAAUUCCGAGCUUGGAUAAAAACUCACACCGGCCUUGGAGGCGGGGGCUCAGGUUUGCAGCUCUUAAGUCGCGAUUAUUUUAACCACAAUGUACAGACAACUGCCUAUUUUCAACGAUAAUCACGAUAGAUAAGCGAGUCCUGCACAGUCAGGGCUCGUGGUAACGUAGAUUUGCAGGUUGUAACUUUGUAACUUUGAAAUUAGGUGGAAUUUGUGUUUUUUCUAAUAGACCCUUCCACCUGUCCAGGGUUUUUUUCAACUUUUGACAUGGACAAGUUAAGGAGAAUCUAGAAAGAGCGCCUUAAAAUUAGUAAAAUUGCCAAUUUUGAAAGUAAUUUGUUGAAAACUAACGGAGAUAUUGCAUCUCAAAGUCGCGAAAUUUCACAGAGGUUUGUGUGGUGGGGGUACAAACUUGCCCCCCGCCCCCCUCCCACCAUACGGACGUCUGUAAAUUUUUCGCAACUUUCCGGAGCUAUAUCUUCGCAGGGGCGGAUCUAGGGGGAGAGUGCAGGGGGUGUGCCCCACCCCCUUAGACGACGUUCGGUUUUCUAAUACAACUGGUUUUCUGCACAAAAGAAAACUAUGUGGUUUAUUGGUGUUGAAGUAGAGCAGGAGACGAGUGCACCCCCUGCUUCGCUUGCUUAGGCCGUAUCACUUUCAAAUUUGUCAGUUUUACUAUUUUUUGAGGCACUCUAUCCAGUGGUGUUGACGGAUUUUCCCAACUGGUCCAUGUCAAAAGUUAAAAAAAUCGUGGAAAGGUCUAUUGUCUAUCGAUACCAAAAAUAGGUGUACAAGGUGUACGCCAUCCUCGUUUCUAGAAUCCUGGGAACGUGGUUGGGUGGGCGAAAUGGAUCUUCCCUAUCUUGCAAAAUAAUUUCCUUCUCGUGUCCGCCAAUUAAGUUAAUUGCUUAUGUCAAAGGAAAAAUCAAAGUAAUGAUUAAUAUUAAUCUGAUGAUUUUAAUAGGAUCACCUCCACCUCCACACACACCUCCCGUUCCUACAACUCCAGCCGGGAAUCUUGGUAAGAAUUAAUUAUUUAAUAAGCAAGCGCAUAAAUCAGUAAUAGGCUUGGAGCAUUCACUUUCGAAUAUCUUCGCUCUAGCUCCGCGACAAAAAUCGUGCCGAAAUCACCGUUCUUAUAUGUGAUUAGAAGCCCUCUCCAGUAUGGUUUUCGUGCCAGCGCCCGUAGCCUUAGUCGUAGUAAUGCUUAGCUGCUGAUAUUUGCUCAGCGGAUAAUUAAAUAAACAGGUGCCUAGCUAACUGUUCGCUGUUACGAAUGUGAGUCAGGUGAGUACCCGAAAAUUGUCAAAGACUGAUAAAAACAACUGCAAAAAUAGAAAGUUGCAGUAAAGAAACAUUAAAGUAGAGCAAAAUAUUUAAUGAGUAAUUGACGACGAAAAAAUGCAAACACCUAAGUAAUGUAAUUCUUCUCUAUAGCUAGUGUUUUCCGCAAUUUGGAAAAGCCGCAACUACUCCGUGUACAGACCAUUGCCCUAAAAUCAAAAGAGAGGUGAUUACAGAUAAUAGAGUGUUGAUUAUUAAAACAAAAGCAAGUUAAUAAAAAGACUUCGAACGAGACAAUCUGACUUCAGAAUAAGUCAUUAUUAGAAGUUUAGAUAAUGUAAAACAUGAGUUGCAGCUACUAACGUUACGUUUUCUUGCCCCAGUUUUCAGUUGUGACUUUAACAAACUUAAAGAUCUGUGCGGAUUUGUUCAGUCAAAAAAUGACAAAUUUGAUUGGACCCAGCGAUCAGGAUCAACUCCGUCUUCCAGUACCGGACCAAGCGCAGAUGUCUCUAAGAGUGGUAAUUGAAUAAUUUAAGUUAAUAGCUCUUUAAAAGAUCCCGGAAAUACGAAAAUGACAAUAAUUGCCAAUCAUGGAAAAAGCUACAAUGGUUUAACAAGUUAUUUUUGCUUGAUGUCUCUUAAGCAAACUGUCGUCCAUUGUAAACUGCCAGAAUGUGGCACAAGGACGCAAAAACGAUCGAAAUGUUAUAUCGACCAGUUAGCUUAUAGUAACAACCCUUGAAAUCAACCAAAUCAGAUUUUCCGUUAGAAGUCUCCCUGGCAGCCCUUCUGGUGUCGUCACGCAACGCUCCUGCGUGACGACACUAAAAGCGACUGCGAGGGAGACAAAUUUUCCGCUGGAUUUCAACUCAUGCAAAAUAUUCCAAACAGAACUUUACAUAUAAAAAAAUAAAAUUAUAUAUUGUGCUUCCAAUUUCGUCAGGGAUAUACGUAUACAUCGAGACGUCUUUCCCUAGAAAUCAAGGAGAUAACGCAAUUCUGGUGAAGAGUGGUCUGUCAUUCAGCUCCAAGAAAUGUCUAUCUUUCUAUUAUCACAUGUAUGGCAGCUCAAUGGGAACACUUAAUGUCCGCGUUGGUAACAGUACGAUAUUUACAAAGUCUGGUAAUCAAGGAAAUAAGUGGAUUAAAGCCUCGGUUGAAAUCAAUAAUCCUGACCCUGGAGCGUCAACGGUAAGAGUAAACGGUUCGUAGUUUCUUGAUAAAUAAUGCGGACGGUCCGGACGGGUGCAAUCACCAAAUAACAAAAGAUCACCAUUUACAAAAAGAUUGACAAUACAAACUCCGCUAACUCGAACUCUGCAGGGAAACGAAAAACAGUUGGAGUUAUCAGCCAGGGUAAUUUUUAGUGACGUUUUGAUCAAGGCAAGGUAGUUCGAGUUAGCGGGGAAUUCGAGUUAUCCGAGUUCGAGUUAUCGACUGUACACUGAACAUUAAAGCCACACCACAACUAGUAUUCCAAUAUACCCUGUCUAACUCUUAUGUUCCCUGGUAUAAUUAAACCCAUGUAUACCUGUGUAUUCUUUACUGAUAACCUCUACAUCAUUGUGUAUCCUGUUUAACCCAUGUACCCGGUCACCCCCAGUCAAAACCCUGUUAAGCCAUGUAUACCUUAGUAUUCCAGUAUACACUCUGUGCUCGUAUGUUCAAAUAUCCCGGUUACUUUAUGUAUACCCUUGUAUUCAUAAAUAACAUGUGGUGUACCCUUGGGCACACUGUUUACCUAUGUAUACCCACCCAAGCGAAUUUGAAGUUGUACCAGUAAGUAAUUAUUAAUUAGACACUCAGGCUUUGGAGAAGUCUUAGUGGAGGACAGUAAAAUUAAUUUAAGAAUAAACAAAUAAAUUAAAUGAGAGUAUUUUGACAGAGUAAGAUUUUUUCAAUAGUCAUUUUCGUCAAUGAUCUUCAUGACCCUUUUUAGCUGAUAUUCGAAGGAAUACGUGGAAGCAGUUUUACGGGGGAUGCUGCAAUAGAUAACGUCGAACUGAGAGAAUGUGGAGGCGGCGGAGGCGGAGGUGGAGGAUGUGGUAAGUUAAAUCGUAUUCUCUUUAAUAAGCCCCCAGCUCCCAGUCCCCCCACCAUUGUCCGCUUUCACAAUGUUUCAUUAUUAAAUUCCCAGUUUGUAAUAAUGCGUUAUUAAACUUAUACUUGACUCUCAAGUAAAAACUAUCACAAACAAGAACUGACCAAUGUUUUGUUUGUCUGGUUUUGUUUUUGUUUUUGUUUUUAUUUUCUAGGUCAAACAACAACCGCGCCACCAAUCAAACGUAUGUUUUAACUUGGAAGUAUAUGACUAUAUAUCAUGAUAACUAGGGUUAUGACGGAAGGCCUGUCAUUGUCACUUUGAUAUGAUUUAUACCUUAAUUUAUCUUUACGUUUUGCUGAGGUUAUUUAUAGAGAGAUGAAGCACCGCGUAUUUUCUUUUCCCGCGAACAGUAGAGAGGGUCACAUGGUCUAACUUUUCCUGCGUUUGCCAUUUGUCGGCCGCCGUUUCAACGCGAGGAGGACAUAUUUCCCGUUUGAAGGAAACGCGAAAACGCGAGUAUUUGCAGACCAUUUGUACCGACCAUUUCAAUCUUCUUUUAGACCUCUUAUUUUUGUAGAUGUGCCCCUCGUUUAUCAUCCUUCCUCCAGGUCUACAUGUACUAUUUGUAAAGCUAAAAGAGUUUUAAACCAUUCGCCCCUGAACCCCCCUUAACCGCCCGUGCGGAUCCACGUCCUUUCUACCCUUUGUGACGUCAUCAGUUUUAACGGUCAAGGACAACUUUGUCCGCCAACUUGUGCAGAGUGAAGAGAUCUUUCAAACCAUACCAGAAUGACCACAAUUCAGUCAAGGACACCGGAGAAAGGGGCAAAAAACCAUGUAACAUUGACCUGAAAACCUCCAUGAAAAUCUUGUUCCAUUGCCCACCUACCCUUCCUUUCACCUAAUCCUAAGAUCCUAAAAGCUUUCCUAAAAACUAUUCUCACAAAAAUGAAGCCUACUAAAUGCCCAGCAAGAGAAAAAAAAAUGAGGCAAGAAAAGCGAAAAAAGAGGGGAGGAGAGAAAGCGAAAAGUAAAAGUCAAGACGGCUGUGUCACUUUUAAACCCCAAAACUCGAAAUUUUGCUUUCUGCGCAUGCCCGAACUUCGCAAGCUGAUAUUUUGCAUCUGGAUCAGAAGGCCAUGUAGUGUACGAGCUGUAAACCGGUUUGUGGUAAGUCUUAGCUCUUUAUAGCACGACAGUGACCAGAAAACCACUCGACUAGCUUCAAAACGCGUUUUUGGGCAAAAUCUCCAGGAGCGAAUGGGUUAAGCAAAGUACCAAACUUUUUUAAAAAAAUCCACUUUUCAGGAUAAAACAACCAAAUCUGUCUAUUUCAUGUCAAAUCAGGUGAGAAAGUUGGUAAAAGGCCAUUUUUAGGUUUUUUGAUUAAAUUCGAGCGAAAAAGAUGACAACUUCUCUGUAUAUAUUUUUUGUCUAGUCAAAGGGAAUGGCGACCAAGAAUACUUGCCGUGUAUCAUACGUAUCAAAGACGAGGAGUUAAAAAUAUGUACAAAAAUUGUCUAUAAUAUUUAAAAAUUAAUUAGGUAUGUUAACUAAAUGUUUCCAAAUCUUUAUUUUUAUUUUAAACAAAGUAAACGUAUUUACUUAGUUUUAAGGCCUCUCGGACGUUAAAAAAUAAAAUAAAAUGAACAAAUCAUUGUGUUUAAUACUCUAAUCAACACGUUACUUUACUAGCAUUCAGCUGUAACUUCGACAAUUCAACGUGCGGCUUCGUACAGGCCAAGAAUGAUACGUUUGACUGGACACGAAGAUCAGGAGGCACUCCGUCUUCACCGACCGGACCAUCUUCUGACCACACGUCAGGCAAAGGUUGGUAUAAUAGAAACAUAGCUUCGAGUAAAUUAAUGAGUGAUUGGUGCAUUACAAGUCUCUUCGUUAAAUGUUAGCUUACCUGGGUAAAAUAGAAGGAGAUGGUGGCCGAGUGCGCGCGAGGUAGUCUUCCCUAACAACUCCGCUGAUGUCUUUCCUCAAAGGAACGCUUUUUGAUUCACGACUUUAAAAGCGAGAAGGAGACUGGAGCCGAAACGUAUCCCGCAAUUGCUUGUUGGAUCGUUACUGGGGACGCGCCCUCAGCUACAGGACAAUUUUUUCCCCUGUCCCUAACAGCAAUCCCAGAAGUCUUUUCGAAAGUAAACUUGGCCCAAAAGUUAACUCGUUUCCAAAUAACCUACCACGAACAAACAAAUGUUCAAAAAUGUUAUACCUUAGAAUGAAGUGUCUUCUUCCUCAGUUUGGAGAAGUUUCUAAGUUUAAAAAUAAUUAUGAUGCGAAAUACUUCUAUUUUCUACUUGUAAAGGAACAUGUUAACAGACCACGUUCGAUAUAUUAAAAUUCUGAGGCUUUCAGUGGUCAUUUUUCUAGGAAUUUGCGAGACAGUGGAGUCGUGAAAAAUUUGUAAUUUUGUCCAUAAAAGCCUCGGAGUCAUGUUAGAAUUUUAAUACGGUAUAUGAAAGGUGAGCUAUUUCAUUUCCUCUGCAACUGAAAUGUGCUCAAAGUGUUUCUGCUCAGUAUUAAAUUGUUGAACUGUGAUUUACGAACUUGCUCCAAUGAGCAGCAUUGCUCGCCAAUAUUGAACCUGUAAAAAGAGUUAAUCCGCGGUGUCUUUUCUCAGGGUACUACAUGUACAUAGAAACAUCCAGUCCCCGAGUGAAAGGCGAUAACGCAAUAUUGGAAAGACCCCUGUUGACAUUUGGAGGGAACAUGUGUUUUAAAUUCUUUUACCAUAUGUAUGGUUUAACUAUUGGAAGCCUGAGAGUCAAGAUCGGUACCCAAACAGUGUUCACAGCAAUCGGUGAAAAAGGCAACAAAUGGAUCGAAGCCGCUGUAAACGUACGUUUUAGCGGAAAAUAUCAGGUAACAAAUAUUUUUUGCCUUUUAUAUAAGCGGUGAGAUAGAGUCAUAGUAAAGAUUCAGCAGUAAACACUAAAAUGACUGUUCCCUCGGGAAACAGUUAAUUUCCUGAGAAUCUCAUUGUUUCGCGAGGCAGAACCGAGAAAACAUUGAGAUUCGAGGGAAACAAAAUUAACUGUUUCCCAAGGGCGCAGUCCGCUUUAAGUUAUUUGUUAUAUAGCCCACGAAGAAAAACCUUUUCGCGUACAAAUGCGAAAGAGAAUUGUUUCUGCGAUAAAGAGAGAAAAAAUCUUUUUAUUUAUGUUAACACAGUGUCAAAUAAUCUCAAUUUUGCUUUGUAGAGGCCUUUCUAAGUUAAUUAUUAACGGUAAGUCAGGGAGAAAUAUGGAGGUGGUAUGCCCGUACACGACACAAGUGAUGCCAGCUCUCAAACCAGUGAACUUCCUUUCAGUUAAAAACAUGUUAGAAGAAGGCUUAUUAGAACAUGACCACAUCACAUUGAAUACCACAGCAUAUUGUGUAACCAAGCAACAGAUAGAUAACCGGAAGUUUCAAUUCAUGAGCCGACGACAAUCGUAUUACAUAAACUAUCGUUCAAACCCGUAAAAAAAAAGUACUCAGCCAACUGCAAAUAAAAGGUCAUCUAUGAAAACGAUAAUUUUUGCUUUGAAACACCGAUUAACAGUCAAGUAACUGAUGGCUUGCACAUCAAUCUUACUCGGAGCCCCCGGAAAAAGACUCGAGAGGCCACCCCUACCCCCCGGAAGUUGCCCCCUUUUUCACCGCCACUCCCCUUCCCUCCUCCCCUUCCGUUGCCCUCCGUGGAAGGCGGGUAUGGAUAUUUUCUGGAAGUACACAGAUUGAUUUUGGCGACUGGUUCGAGCUGAUUUAUAAUAACUUUUGUAGAUAUCAUUUGAAGGCGUGAGAGGUAGCAGCUACACUGGUGACAUCGCAAUCGACGAUGUUUCCUUGGUACCUGGAUCUUGCUCCUCAGGUAAGUUUCUUUCUUGUUGAAUCUCUAGAACCGACCAGGGAUUAAAUAAACGAAAAGAUAUUUGCAAACCAAAAAAAUCAUAUUAACUGCAACGACCGACUUUGAAAUUUCCCAUCACGUAAGAAAAUUAUACCUUGUAUAAAAUCUGUGACAUACUAAUUUCACUCCACUUUUGUUUCUAAACCUGUAAAGGUGGUGAUGUUACGCGGGACGAUUCGCAACGACGAUUUUUAGCGCAACACAGAGUUGCAAUGCUGGAACAAUGUUCUAACCAUUCAAAACAAUGUCGCAACAAUGCUGCAACGCUGUGUUGCGCUGAAAAUCGUCGUUGCGAAUCGUCUCGUGUAACAUCACCUUAAAAGAAUGAUCAGGCCGGCUUCUAUUUGAGCCCUUAAUAGCGGAGCUCUCUCUCGGGCGCGCAGCGGAGCACCAUGGGUAAGACAAAUUGGAAACCCAUGACCAGGGCGGAUCGCCCUACCCAUGACGCCAGAACGGCCGCCGUUCGUGCACCCACUACAUGUAAGUCGAUGAUAAUUAUUUAUAAAUGUGAGGUUAUCAGUUUGGCGGGGAAGCGCACCGGCAUCUUGUGAAGCAAAGACAACUAAAGAGUCAAUAAAGACGAAAAUGGACAAAGGAAAAUGUUUCUGUAUCUGUCCGUGUUGUCUAAAGUAUAUAAGCUUAAAUUAAUUGUCAUGCCUGAAAAUUUGGAAUAUAGAGAAAGAGAAAGACAGAGAAAAAGAGAAAGUAGGGCGACAGGCCAGCAAAGCUCAAUGAGAAAAAGAGCUGGAGCGAGAGAGAAAAAACAAAGGAGACAUUUUUUGUUGGAGGAACAACAUGAAAUUUUCUAGCGGCGGUAAGAAAAUAAGAAAUGCUUGGGUCCACCAGGGUGCAAUGAGCGACGUGAAAAAAAAAGUGAACAAAAACAAGUACGACCUUUCCCCCAAAAAAACGUGUAACCAGGAAGUUUCUGAAAGUUUUACGUUGUAGUCGUACAAAACAACGGCAAAGAAAUGUACAAAAAAGCGUGCUGCACGUUCAAAAUUGUUUUCUAGCUAAUUAGACCUGUUGCUGUUUUUUCACCGUUCCCGUUGGCUUCGUCGCUUAGCAUUACACGAUUUUAUAUGUUGUUUGACAAGCAAACUAUAAAUAUUAUCGAGAGCUUUGCUUAUGGCCUCGCUAAAUGUAUAUAUUAAGGAUUUUCUAAAGAGCCAUGUGUUUAAUUUUGCAUUGGUGGAUGAUAAAUAUCUCCACUUGCCUUUUUUUCUCACGAAUUUUUAACUCGUUUGUAAGAUUGCUCGUUGCAUUAAAAUAGUAAUCACAGUAGGUUGGAUCGUAUCGCUCCUCGGCGAGUCGUUUAGAUUCCACCGUUACACCUGCAGUUACUACAGCAAAGCCUACGACUCCACCACGUAGGUCAACAAAACUUUUAUCACACUAAGAAGUAAUCGGAGAGAUGGGCAUGGUUCAAAUUAAUUUCAGUUUCUUUUGUGACGCUUUCUUUAAAAAAGUUCAGUUAAGAAAACAUACUUCAGUUGAAAGGACAAAAUGAUGACCAAUGCAACUUCCCUCUAUUCCAAAGGUGACCGAACACAAAUUAGUCUUGCGAUUCCCACAUUCGUCUACCGCAGUUAUUCGUAAGAAAAAUAUUUAUUUUAAUUAAUAACGUCUGUUUCAGGCUUAUGGCAACUGGUUUUGCCCAAGUGCUCUUGUCUGUAGAUUACUUUUUCCCAGAGUAUUCAAUCUUGACUUUGCUUUGUCCAUAUAUAAAUUUAACAAACGUUUCAGCUGUUUCAGUCACGACUUAUGCUGAAAUAUAAUCAUAUCUUAAAGUCGGACCACUCCAUACUCUCAUAUCGCUUUUCUUUAUUUACAUGAAUAGUGUAGAAUAUACUUUAAUUUGCCUUCACUUUUUUUAAGGGAGCAUAAAAGUACAAAGAAAUGUCAAUUGACAACUUGAGAAAACAGCCGGAAUUUUGUGACGCCACCACUGGUUACAGAGGUCUGAGAAACGAGCUCAGAAAUUCCGGACCGAUGACGUGUCACUACUGAGACCUUCCAAGUACUAGUGUUUCUGGUUGGUCGUGCAUCGUUGGCCAAUCAGAAGCAGCACCAAGAUCUAGGUAGUGACGCAUGAGUUUCUCAGACGUCGUUUCACGGGAAAACUAGUGGUAGAUUUUCUCAUUUUCGUUUCUAUCCCUAUAUUUGCGAAAACACUUAUUGGUGUCCGUCUUUUUAAGAUGAAAAACAGGUAUUUGGCAAAUAAUAAUUUUCAUCUUUUAAAAAGCACAUUUAUACCACAAAAAUAACCAAAAACGGAUAUCGCUGCUCCCAACCCGGGUUAAGAUGAUCUACAGCAGUAAAAGAGGGGUAAGACCAGUUUUGAUUUGAGCCCGUAGUAUAAGGAUUUUGUCAGGGGGCAUAUUGAGCUGGUGUCUAUCCCUUUUCAGCACAGUUCGAAGGUUAGUGAGUUUUCCAUCGGUGGUUUAACUUGGUUUAACUCGUUUUCAUUUCUUUUGAAUUGUAGUUACUCCACCACCACCAUCAACACCGUCACCUCCAACCCCAUCCGGUAUGUAUCAGUCUGCGGCCCUAUAACAGUUUAGUACUCUCUAGAAAACUUUGUUAGUAAUUGAGGAUUAAACCUGUCGUUUAGAACAUAAGCAUAAACCGCUAGUGAACAAGAAAAGCUUGCGAAACAAUAGACACAAAAUAAAUAAAUGUUUAAAUUCAAUCUAAGCAAUUACCAUUAAAUGUAUAAACUCAAUGAUGAGUUUUUCUAACGUUGGCUCUAUUUGCCUUCUUUUCUUUUGAAUUUCAGUUACAACUCGUCCACCAUCAACACCGGCACCUCCAACCCCGUCCAGUACGUAUAACUGCCAUCAGUGGUCAGUUGCAAUCUCAAGAAAUCAGUAAAUAUGAAAUGAUUGCACUCAUUUCAGUUGGUACUCCGCCCCCACCUCCUCUAGUCAAUUGAAUGUUUCGAUGCAGUUUUCUUGAGACCGGCAGGCAUUAGAAGACUCUCUUAAGUCAAAUAAUCACGUGAUUUUAACAGCCGACUAAUUUUGGAUAGAGGUUUGGCUAGCUCUGGCAAAAAACCCUUUAGACAAAAUCAUUCUAUAGUCCGAGGAGGAACUGGUGCCUCUCUAUAAUGACCAAUACGGUGAGGAUACGCCCGACAGGGAGCACAUUUUCCAGGCUCCAGCUGGUAAAUCAAAGAGCUGAAAGAACAUGAAAUGGUGGGAAAAUUAAUCCUUUAAGUAUUUAAAAGCGCUUUUCUUUUCAUAACCGAAUGGUUUCGAAAAGACGCGCCAUAGCUAUAUCAUAUUUUAAUUAAUUGAGUAUUACACAAAAAUGAAAAGAAGAAUUCCUGUUUCUCUUAUCAAUAUAUUUUGUACUAAGGAGGUAUGUUAAAAUGGUAACCAGUUUUCAAUUCAACGAGAGGGGUACCUUUUUUGCCAAAAGUGGUAUAAAAAAGGGUGCAUGAGUGCUUGGACCUCAGGCGGAGCAGGCUGACCCUUUGUCAACUUUGUUGAGUAGCCUGCCGGGUCCAUUUCGUUUAAUUUUGCGCUAUGAGGACGCAAGUCAGAGCAGACAAACUGCUGGGUUUGGCCAGCAAUUAAGAUACCUUUGAGAGGGUAAUUUACUCUGCCGAACAAUACAGUGGCAUUGCGCACAUUAAUAGAAUUAUUAAGAGUAUGCCUUAUUCAGAUUUAACCUCUCAGAGGAUAAUAACAAAUCAAAUAUGAUAAACAAUGGUAAUUGAACUGAGUGGAGUGAAAUUUGGUCUAAAAUCAUACGCGUGAUUUCAAAAUCAAACGAGCGUGCACUGCUAGUUCGAUUUGAAAUCACUUAGUAUGAUUUCAGACCAAAAUUGCACCACACGAAGUUCAAUUACAACUUUAUUACAGCCAUUUUGAAAUCACAGAAUUCAGUCAGUACUAAUUAAUAUUUUAUUGAUCAAGUAGCCGGUUUCUUAAAAAGCGGAAACAAAAUGGCGUUUACAUCUCAUUUUGUAUUCGAAACAGAACAUGAUGAUGCGAUAUAGAACAAAAAUGGUGCGAUUUAAAACAGAAAUGAUACGAUUUAGAACAUGAAUGACGCGAUUAGGAGCAGAUGCGAUUUAGAGCAAAAAAUGGUGCGAUUUAAGAAUAAAUCACACUGCUGAGAGCCAAUCAGAUUGCACGGAUAGCCAGUGAUUUCAAAGUGGAUGUAAUAAAGUGAUCAAAUCAUUGCCUUAUUAACACAUGACUAUAAUUAACACUUUACUUUACUAGCAUUCUUCUGUAACUUCGACCAAUCAAUGUGCAGUUUCGUACAGGCCAGCAAUGAUAAGUUUGACUGGACUCGACACAAGGGAGCCACUUCGUCCUCAUCGACUGGACCAUCUUCUGACCACACGACAGGCAAAGGUCGGCGAAAAAAAGAAACUUAGCUUUAGUAAAUUAAUGUGUUGUCAUCAUCUGUGGUUGCUCAUGAUUAUCAUACGAGUCACAUGGUUAUGUAGCUAGCUUGUACCAGAUGUUCAAUGGAAUAUUUGCGAAGUAUCUUUUUCCCCAAUAUGAACGCGUGGGACAUUCUAUUUUUUAGCUGAAAGGCGGAAACCACGAUGAAUAAUGAAUGUAAACAGUUAACGUUUCUUUAAAAUAAGUUAAAUAUAAAUUUGCAAUGCUCUGACUACUACUAUUGUCCUCUCAUCUGAUAGAUUAAGUCGAAAAAACGCUUUUUAGAGUGAUAAACAGAAGUAACAAACAAGCAAACUAAUGUUAAGAGUGUUGUAGCUCACCUGUAGUCUCACAAGUAUCGCUCUCUCAGACUUCUCGUAGCUACGUGCAAACGGACGCAACAUUGUUGGCCAACAACUCCCAACACCGUUGGAUGUUUCAUCUUGCAUCCGUUUGCACACCCUGUUGCAUGUUGUUGGGAAUUGUUGCGCAAAGUUUGAAAACGGUCAAACGUUUACUUACAUGUAAACGAACGCAACAACUUCCAAAAUUGUUGGGCCAACAAUAUAAUGUUGGGAGUUGUUGCGUCCGUUUGCACAAGCUUUACGCAUAAUAUAAUAUUAGACUCUUUCCUUCCUAUGGAGUUUAUUUCAAAUACUUCUGCAGCUAAAAUUUACCCAAAGUUUUUUCUUCUCAGCAGUUAAUUGUUCACAGGAGCUAUGCCAAGCUAAUUGUCAUAGUUUUGAAGAGCUAAACCUUUUUUUUCCUAUCAAUCGAAUUCCAAAAAGUAAUAUGUAGCCUAUUUUUGUUAUUUAAGACUGAGUUAAAAGGCAUUGAAACUCGUCUCUGUGUUGCAAGGGAUGGCAAGGAUGGGCAUGGAUUGAAACUUCAACAUUUGGGUCAACUUUUUCAAGUCUUAAAGCUAUGCGUGCCUGCAAAAAUCACCGAACAAUUUUGUCAUCGUUUAAGUGCUGACUGAUAAAAUUUGUUUCUGAGUCAGUGAUAUCUUCUUCAUAACCUCUAAAGCCUCGUGCAAACUGACGCAACAUUGUUGGCCACAAACUAGAUCAGUAUUGUUGGAUGUUGUAUGUUGCGUCCGUUUGCCCACUCUGUUGCAUGUUGAGUUGUUGCACAAACUUUGCAAAUUCUGAUUUACUUGCUUGCCGCAGUUGAGUACUGAAGAAUUGCUGUUCGCCGGUACUGAACCAGUAAAAAGAGUUCAUCCGUAUCUUUUCUCAGGAUACUACAUGUACAUAGAAACAUCCAGUCCCCGAGUGAGCGGCGACAAUGCUAUUCUGGAAAGCCCCCUGUUGACAUUUCGAGGAAACAUGUGCUUUAAGUUCUUUUACCAUAUGUAUGGUGCGACUAUUGGAAGCCUGAGAGUCAAGAUCGGUACCCAAACAGUGUUCACAGCAAUCGGUCAAAAAGGCAACAAAUGGAUUGAAGCCGCUAUAACUACAUCCUUCAUCGGGAAAUAUAAGGUAAAUUAAAACGAUUUCAAGCUCUGUAUUUUAUGUAUAAGCCAAUAAAGUCUGACGGAAAGGAUUAAAUUAAGCACAAUCUUACUAUAAAUAAAAAAGGAACAAGCGUGGUAAAUUUUCGAAACAUUAUGAUUUUCGUGCAUGCGAAGUUCAUCAUUGAAUAUUUAAUACGUUUGUUAUAUAGCUGGAAAUUUUUUUCCCAACAGCGCGCGCUCUCAUUGGUUAUACUUCGAGCUCACAUGGCAUCUAGCAAUAAAACUGUUUCCCGCUGAAAUCGUUCUGCGGGCAAGGCAGUGCUCUGCUACCUGUGAAUGUUGACCGACGAUCGCCGUUACAGAGAUGUUUAAUGAAUUUCCAGCUUCAAAAUUGCAGUUAAACAACAAAUCACUUAAAGACUGGUCCAUCUUUGAAUCUAAACUUUUUAGUUUUUCGGUAACCCAAAAAUUAACUGUUUUUUUCGGGACCAGCCAUUUUGUGCUUAGUAUUGACAACGAUAUAAACUUUCCUUACAAAGUCUAAGUAUUCUUAAAUAUCAUAAAAAAAAUACAAGGAAUCUCACCACAUUUUAAGAGUAUAUCUAAUACUAAGAAAUUAAUUACUUUUAGAUGAAAAAAAAUUUGAUGUUUGGUGUAGGACUUCAAAAACUCUCGCUGUUGUAAACCAGUCAAAUUGAAGCGCAAAUAGAUUUGAAUAAAAUGCCGCCCAGUAAGAUUAUUUCUUCGUUCAUGGAGAUAAAAAUUUACGAUGUCAACUAAAACUUGUAACGUAUUAUGAUUUGCGCGCCAUGUUUCGUCCGGCUUGCUUAACAGUUAUACUGUCUAAUACAAAGCUAACUGUAACUCAUACAUCUAAUAGCAGUAUUUGUUUCAUAUGUUUCUUUUUUGAAACUAUAUUGAAUAUAUAAUACUAGUACUAUUUAUCGAUUGUGUUCUUUGCGAUGUGUGUUUUCUUCGGUUUAUUUUCAAUACUCUUCGGUAUAAGGUCAUUAAGUAGUACACCCACGGAACGCCACUCUCUGUAAAUUUGACGGGUUUACCAUGUUUUUAGAUAACACUGAAAACCCAGUAUAAUCUAUUGAUUUUGUCGAGUGGUUGAAGCUGAUUCAUGGUAACUCUCGUAGAUAACAUUUGAAGGUGUAAGAGGUAGCUUCUUCACUGGUGACAUUGCUAUUGACGAUGUUUCUUUGGUACCUGGAUCUUGCUCUUCAGGUAAGGUCAUUUUAACUUCCUGCUUAAAGUCGCACCUCCAUGUGCCACCACCUUUCGUAAACGAAGACCUCCGCCCAUAACCUACUCCCUAUCCAAAAUUCAGUAAAUUUUCCCAGUCAAAGCCAUUUAUGUACUACGCAUUUCAGAUAUUAAGAACUUUUAGGGAACAUAUCAAACUGCUUGUGACGAUCACUGCUCCCAGCCCGGGUUAAGAUGAUCUGCAGCAGUAAAAAAAUGAUAAGGCUAGGUUUGAUUUGAGCCCGUAAUAAGUGUUUUGUCUAGUGUCCUUUUCAGAGUAUGGAUCUUUUCUCAGCACAGUUCGAAGGAUAGUGAAUUUUCCAUCCUUGGUUUAAGUUGUUUUCAUUUCUUUUAACUAAUAGACACAGGAUAAUGUUUAAAUUCAACUAAGAAACUAUCAGUAAAUGUAUAAACUCAAUGAUGGGUUUUUCUAAUGUUAGCUCUAUUUGUCUUCUUUUCUUUUGAAUUUCAGUUACAACUCGUCCACCAUCAACAACACUGACACCGUCAACCCCAUCCGGUAAGUAUAACUGCCAUAAGUGGUCCCUUAUAUAACAAGCAGAAGUGAACAACAGUGAUCCAAAAGAGCCAAUCAAUGAUUCACAGCAGCUCAGAAUCCAACAGCUACGUAAAUCAGGACGCUAAAAGAUUGUGAUUAACACAGUUUUUAAAUGACUGGAAUCCUUCAUCAUUGAUCACUCCAACCACAGUCUUUGGAGUUCAUUCCAAGUUUUGACUGCGGUAUGGAUGAAAGUCCUAUCAGUUUCCAUAUGAAGAAAUCGUUGUCAGUAAAUGUUAAUUGAUUGCACUGCUCAUUUCAGUUGGUACUCCGCCACCACCACCUCCAGGAACUCCUACGCCACCAACAGGUUGUCCUGGAGGUAAUGCCCCAUCCAUUCAUUUUACCAGAUUUGCUUUGUUUUUGAACACCAGUAGCCUCAAACACGAGCAUGAGCUCGCCUUUGUUUGGUCAAAUACCUAGCUAACAGAGACAUGAACAUUAUCUUUACUUUACCAAAAUUUGCUAAAAACGUGUCUUAACCCUUGGACGUAGACACGAAUUCAUACUCCCACCGUGGUACAAGGGGGGAGGUGUGGAUGGAACCCCUCCCCGGAGUUUUUUAUAUGUUGCAGCAUUUUGAAACGAUUUCACCUAUAGUAGAAAGCCUUUGUACUUCUUAACAAGAAAGGUAUAUCCUAUUCCAUUGAUGGAGGCGCUGCUGGAGGCCUGUGAGGUCACCAACAAUGGUCGCCAUCUUGGCACGUCAUCUUGGAUUUUUCCAAGAACUAAAAAUAACUUCUUUUAAAUUCUUUUCAAUUUUAGUUACUCCAUCUCCACCAUCCGGUAUGUGCAUUUUCCGUCAUAAAUCAUGCAGUUGUAGUCUUAAAAAACCUCUUUUGUAAAGCUAAAAAGGAUUAAUGUUUUAAGCUUUUACAAAAAAAGUUCGUUUAGGGCAUUAGGUUAAAUACUAGUUUUCAAAAAAUUAGUGAAUUAAUAGACACAAGUCCGAGACAAAAAAUGUUUUAAAUACAAUGCAAGUAAUUAUCAUUAUAUGGAUAAGUUCACUGACUAUAGCAUUUGAUACGUUUUUCUAUCUUCCACUUGGUUUUAUUUGUUUUUGAUUAAGGAACAUCUUACAGCAAAGAGCCUAAAAGUAUGACCGCUUUGAUUUACUCACAUUCUUUCGUGCAGAUUUAAUCCAAUCUGAAGCCAGCUGAAAACUGUCCUCGACUUCCGACUGGUUAAUCUCUUCAUGAAAGAAUGUGAGUUAAUUAAAGGAGGUUACAAUUUUGGGCUCCUUGCGGUAAACAUGCUGUAGUGGUUCUUGUGGUGGCCUUCCAAACGAGAUUGUUUUAAGGUGUUGCUUAAAUUUCAAGCAAGGGGUGUGGCCUUAUGGAGAGCCAUACCCCUUACCACUUCUGGGUUUCAUUAUAAUAAAUAAGCUCAAUUUCGGUUGGGUAUUGUGGUGUGCCUUUAGCUACUCUUUGAAUUUUUCUUUUUUCUGUGUUUCUCUGUCAUCUUUCUUUUUUUGGAAAUAUCUUUCAGAUAGUCUAGACUUCCCAAUGGAAACCGACUUUGUUGACUGUAGCAGAAUACUGCUAACAAUGCUACUUGUAUGAUCUGUGGUCUGACACUUAGAUAGUGAGAAGGUAUGAAAACUCACCUUUGGUAACACACUUUGUUACACUUUCUUGUUUAUUUGUUUUAGCAAUCACAUGCAACUUCGACGUAUCAAUGUGCGACUUCGUGCAGGACAAAAAUGACAAGUUUGACUGGACUCGACGUAAAGGAGCAACACCAUCUUCUGGUACAGGACCUUCUGGUGAUCACACCAGUGGAAAGGGUAAGCUUAUAAAAGUUGAUCAUUUUCAGGAAAUAAUCAUCAAAUAAACAAAUAAAUAAAUUCUGAAUUGAAUUAGGUAAACAAUCGAGGAAAAGCUGAGCUCUUUUCUAAACUUGAGGCUUUCCUUGGGUACGGGGAAGGGGUUGUUUGACUAAACUUGAGGCUUUCCUUGGGUAGGGGGAAGGGGUUGUUUGACACUUUCUGGUGUGCAUUACAUCCUAGAAGUUCACUUUGCUGACUCACUCAGGCAGUAAUAUCUCAGAUACAGUAAUAAACCCGCAACUAAGAACCUACAUUUUUAGGAGUUAGCCUGAACAGGUUCUUAUAUAAAUUGUAGUUAACAAGAUUUUAGGCUAUUUAGGUUCUUAAAAUGGAUUCUUAAUCCUGGAGAAAAACAAUGCAUAAUGGUGUGCUGAUCUACAUAUUGCUUAGUAUGCUUUGUAAGUCUAUAUAUCUUGCACUCAUUUUUCUUUAAAAAACAUUUUUACAACAAUGGCAAUCUGCUUUAUUUGCUUCAAAUAUGACUCUUGCAAUGCAGCUGUAAUGUACUAGUAUGAUUUUAGAAAAUAAGAACCUGUUUUAAAUUUCUUAGGCUAAAUAGGUUCUUGUUUAUAGGGGGUAUAAAUGACCAAUUUUAGGCUAACAGGUUCUUAAUUUUUAGGUUCUUAGUUGAAGGCUUUUACUGUAUCGUGGCAUCUUCAGAUCAAGUGCGCCUGUAACAAUCUAUUCUGUUGUAUGAAGAAUUUUAUAUGCAUUCCACACAUUCCGCUAGCAGCACUUGUAACAUGUAUUAUUAUUCAUUCAAAAUAUUUCCCCAAUUCUGAUUGGCUAAAAGCACCCGCAUAAUUUACCAUAACCAGUUACUGAUGACCAAAUUUGGAAGAAUUUUGUGUUUAACGAGAAAAUGACGUAAAAAAUGCAGCCCGCUACAGGUUAAGGCACCGUUACCGAGAAGACCUGGGGACGAGGUUGAGUUGUUUUGGUUGUGAAAAAAUAAAUGGCAGACCGGAUUUCACUCGUUUCAAGAGUAAGAACUACAGCUGGAACUAUGCGAAAUAACAGCUAAAAACGUGGCAAAAACAGCAAGAAGACAACUCGGAGGGCGAUAUCUCCUAUUUGGAGAAUAUUUUCGGAGCUGGACAAACGUAAACGUAAACUAUCGAAGAUGAACUUAACAUCGAUGCAGGAAAGCAUGUUUUAGCUAUGUUUUUAAACUAGGAAUUAUUUUGAAUGAAUAAUAAAGCAAUUAAUGAAUUCGGGUUUCGGCCUCGGUGGAUAACACGAGAUCUGCUUAGCCUGAGUAGCUGGCGCUUGGAAGUAGUUGGCGAAAGAGAGAACGGGCGCGAGCGAGUCUCCUUCUCGCGCGCCCGUUUUUUCUAGUGCCCACUACUUCCAAGCGCCUGCUUCGCAGGCUAAGAUCUGCUUAAUUCUUCAUAUCCUACGAAAGCCGAAUUCAUUAAUUGCUAAAUAAGGCCCCGUCCACACGUAUCCGUUUUUGUUUAACAACGUAAACGUUUCCGCCGGUUUGGGCUACCGUCCACACUUAUCCCGUUGGCAACUGUCACCGAAAAUGCAUCUUAUCAAAAACGCUCUCUAGAUUGGAGAUUUUUGAAACCUUUGCCUUCUUGCCUACGUAAGGACAGGCGAAAACGUAGGUUUUCAAAUACGAUGAUGUUAUACAUCAUAUACCACUUAUAAGCUAGCAUUAGGCAUGCGCUGUGAGAAAUGCAAUCGUAUUUCCAUAUGCGUUUUCAUGUGGAAAAGCGACAAUGAUUUGGAUACACUGCGUGUGGAAGCGUACUGUUUUUUUAAAAAAGAGGAAAAAAAUCCGUUUUCCAAAAUAUUUGUGUGGAAGGAGUAGGCUUUUGUACAUUAUGCUAGCAUUUUUUCGAGCAUUCUAGUGGAGGCAAAAGCAGUGAGCAUUAUUCGAGCAUUUUAGUGGCAUUUUCCCCGGAAAAUUAAUUUUUCCGAGAAAAUAAAAUAGAAAUUAACUUUUUUCAGGAGCCCAUGCCCCAAGAGCUCCUGCGUUUUUAAAGAAACUGAAGAGUAAAACUCAAAAUUCACAAAAAACCUAAUACAGCUGGUUUUUUUGGCUGUAUUUAUGAACUUGUACACGUUGUAGUUGUUACUUGCAACACUUGCACGUUUUUGUAAGUGUAAACUUUGAAAUUAAUUAAAAAAACCGUUUGUAUAAUGAGCAUUAUCCGAGCAUUUUAGUGACUUUUUUGGGGAGACCGAGCAUUUUAGUGGGAAAAAUGGAGCAUUAAGGUGGAGCAUUUUAGUGGGUAAGCAAAAGCAUAAUGUACAAAAGCCUAGGAAGGAGCCUAAAUCAUUCAGUACAUUCCUAUUACAGAAAAUAUACACGAGCUAACGAGUGCUUUGUACAAUAAACACAAUAAGUUCUAGGUUGGUGAACGUAUGUUCUUACAAUUAUUGAUUUUUUUUUUAUUGCGCACUGUUUUUUUUAGAGACUUACUAUCUUUCUCUCCUUAGGUUAUUACAUGUACAUAGAAACAUCCAGUCCACGAGUGCAAGGUGACAACGCUAAAUUAAAAAGUCGUCCACUGAAAUUCAGCGGAACCAUAUGUCUUAGCUUCUAUUACCAUAUGUACGGUUCACAUAUUGGGAGUCUAAAGGUCAGCAUUAAUGGCAAAGAAGUUUUCAGCAGAAGUGGUAACAAAGGCAACGCAUGGCUUAAGGCUAGUGUAUCAAUUUCCUCUAUUACGGGAAGCCAUCAGGUGAGAGACAUUUCGCUAGGCAAAACUGUGUACUUAAGUGGUUAUAAGAGACCGUGUGGGCGCGUGGUUAGAUUGUAGCAAGGUGUAUGUACUUCCAGUUAGCGAUGUUGUUCAAAAGGUAGAACAUUGUCUCUUUGUAUUUCUUAAACUUUCCUCAAUCUUUCAGUUCUUAUUCUGCACGAAUGGUCAACGAAUUCAGGUUUAUUUGUAAUUGUAAAAUGUAACGUUAUGUAGCUGACAUCUGCUGUAGUUGUUGUAGCAUACGUCAGAAGGCAGAUGGUGCGGAGACGAACAACUAAAACCUUUUCCGAAUAACUCUCCUAUGGAUAAACGUAGUUCGAAACUAUUUGUUUGUGUAUAGAUACUGUAGGAUGAGCUAUAGAUAACCGACAUUCCGUGCGCUGUUAAAAAGAAACACUUGGACACUCAAUGAUACAACUUUCCGUUAAAGUGAUUCUAGAUCUCUCUUAGUAAUCAGUUCUUCUUAACCCUCGGACGAACAUGCAAUUUCAUACCCCCACCGUGUUACAAGGGGGGAGGGGGGUGGAUGGAUCCCCCCCCCCUAGAAAUGCACGAACUAUGAGCGAGGUUUGUGAUAGACCAAUCACUAACAACCACAGUGGUACAAAUAGUUCGACUCAGUAAAUCCACACUAUCGCCUGAUGAAGACCUGCAGUAGCUAGGUCCGAUUGUUGUUCGAUUGAAUCGGCAAUCGAAAACAAUCGAACUGGAACUUUUGGGUGAGUCCACUGUCCCUGUUGAUAUUGUUAGUGUGAAGUCUGAUAUUAUGUGGAUACCCUCCUUAACUCUACGAGAUUACCAGUGAGGGUCUCGGUCAAUAAACUUAACUUCGUCCCAGAGCAGAUGAUGCUCUCUCUUAUUGGCGUGUUCAGAAACGGCCGAAGUUUGAGUUCGUGAAAGCAGUAUAUCCCUAUCGUGCUCCUUCAUCCGUUCAUGCUUAACCUUCCCGUUCCGCCGAAGUAUACUUUGCAAGGAAUCUUAAAGGCUACUCCACCAUCUGGUUUUCGUGGACCCGUUCUGCCAACCACUUAAUUUAACCAUUUUUUAAUACUUUCAUUUUAAUUAAAGUUUAGAAACUCGUUUUACAAUCUUAAUGGCUAUACUACAUAUAUUUAAAAAAUCAUUAAUAAUGCUGAAAGAAGAAACACUAAGAAAUUAAUGUUUAGCGAGUGUCUUUACAUCUGACUGAAGAUACGGCUGAGCUUUACGUCCAUUUUCUUGGAACAAAAAAAAAACCUAAAUCUAAAUAUUGGCGCUAGAGAUUUUCAAAAAACUUGCAGUCGUGUAUUAUCAAGUUUAAUCGAGUUUUUAAACCUCAUAUUUAUAAUCUAUUUUUUGUUACUCUUGCUCGUUUUUUUUUUACAGUACAUUAUAUAACGACCAUCCCUUUGAUAACAGCUUAUACUUUGAUUGACAGAUUAUAUUUGAAGGAGUAAGGGGUAAAAGUUUCCAAGGUGACAUAGCAAUUGAUGACUUUUCUUUAACAUCAGGGUCUUGUGCAGGAGGUUAGUUAAACUUUUCUCUUUUGAUAAACGGUCCUCAAGCGCGUUUUAAUUAUUUAGCUUUAAACCUAGUCAUAUAACCGGAGUUAAAUUGUGCUCAGCAAAAUCUCAGAUAAGAUGCAGAAAGUUUUACCCAUGUAUUGAAUGAUUUGAAAAAUACGUGAUAAUCAGUUAAUUUACAGCUGUUGUGGCUGUAAUCAUACAUUAACACACUCACAAUCUACUGAGAAAUUAAUUUUUUAUCUACGACCUCUCCCUCGGAAAGCUGUCACGUAAGGCAAACUCAACUUCUAAACAAUAAACUAAGUAAGCGUUGAUUCAGUCGUAGAAAAUCUCCUGGUCCUUGACCGAACAUUUCAUUCCAUUCUUUUGUUGGGUUUGGUUGUCUCCAGGAAAAGUUAGCUGGCUUGAGAAAUAGAGAAAGGCAAUUACAAUCGAUCCUUGAAAUGGAAUGCCUCGAAUGUUCCAUUUUUCAUGUGGCAGCACUUCCAACUUCGAUCCAUUUUGACUAUAUUAAAAAAUAUAUAUAUAACUGGAAGAAUAAAGAUCUUUGUUGGCGUAACUCUGUAAAAGCAGAUACCGGUCACGUGAACUUUAGUUUAGUGAUGAAAUCCAAUUCGCAAUAUUUGCUUCGCGUGUAAGCAAGUAUCAACGAAAAACGGAUAAAGUCACUCUCUUCAACUUCUUUUUUUUAUAUUUUUUUAAUAUUAGUUACUCCACCACCGCCAUCAACACCGGCACCUCCAACCCCAUCUGGUAUGUAUAACACUGUCGUCCGAUCAAUCGGCAAUAGCUUUAGAAUGUAGCUUGCAGCGCUUGUCCACACUACAGAAUUAUUGGAGGUGUAGCUGCCAAGCAAGACGCACUAUAGCUCAAUUGAAAUUAAAAAAGCUCAAUAAUAAUAAUAUAGAGCGCUUUUACAUGUUGGCGGCCAUGUUGGUGUACCAAGACAACCCUGUGGAAAUUGAACUCCUUUCUUAUGUAUAAAAUUGUUACAAUAAAUCAGCAUAGAUGCUGGCCACGUGAGUGAAAACGCUCUAUAGCUGUUUUUCGGUCCUCUUUCAUCCGUUUUUGUAGUAUCUGGCCAGAUAAUAGACUUAUAACGGAAAUUUUUCCGACUGUCUAUAACAGAAUACUGCUUAUUAAUGUUACUUUUAUGACCUGUAGUUUGACGCCUAGACAGUGUGACGGUAUAAAAGUGCGCUCUUUGUAAUAUGAACGUAUACAUCCUGUUAUGUCUGCUUGUUUACUCUUUUAGCCAAAACAUGCAACUUUGACGCUUCAAUUUGCGGCUUCCUGCAGGACAAAAAUGACACGUUUGACUGGACUCGACAAAAAGGACGAACAUCAUCUUCUGGUACAGGACCUUCUAGUGAUCAUACCAGUGGAAAUGGUAAGAUUAUAUUUGAAACAGUCUCUAAAGAAGUACCCCUUUAUUGCUGUUGUUACGUUGUUUUCCGUUUUGUUUUCUUUCGGUUCUCGGCUGUGGUACUGGUUUGGAUGGUGUUUUAGAAUCCUUUUACUGGUACAAGUAUACAUGUACACUCUCCUAAUGACACGCGACAUGUAAAUUGUUUAAUUGCAACACUCGGUUUUGUUCUAUUAAACUUUUUCUCCAAUAAAAAAUCGUUAAUUCAUGGGGAAAAAAAAACUAUCGAAAUGGGUGAGCUCUAUCCCUUGAGGGAGGGGAGGGAGGGGACCACACUUUUCCGCUUUAGAUUCACUUGAAUGUACAAAUUCUUGCCUUUCUGACUCAGGUAUAAUGCUUCAUAAUUUCGUCGCGUCGUUAAGUGCGCCUCUGAUAAAACAUUCCGAUGAUCGAGUGGGUAUUUUAAAGUUUGGGAGUUUUAACAACGACGACGGCAACGGAAACGAGAAGGUCAAAAACGUAACAGGUUUAUUAAGCAAAACAUCAAGUUUACACGUGCAUCACGCUUUUUUGUUCAUUACGUUGCCGUCACUGCACGACUUACGACGUGAAAAUGCCUAAUUUCACGUUUAAUGAUGACGUAAACAAGCGACGUCAACGAGUCUGAAAAACGCAAAUUCAUUUUAAAUGUGACGUUUUUGCUGCCUUUGCCGUCGUCGAUGUUAAAGCUCCCUAAGAAGGACCUUACGAAACUACGAGGGCGGCGGCAACGGGAACGUCAAAAAGCAAUGGUUUAACUUCGCAAAACAACAGCUCUGCACGUGCAUUACGCUUUUUUGUACAUUUCUUUGCCGUCCCUACACAAAUGCGACGUGAAAUGACCAAAUUUUAAUUUUUUUUGAGGAUGGGAACGGUAAGGCGUUAAAUUUUACCAUCUCUAGCUGUCUGAACUCGGGUGCGGCCUCCUCUCUCCAGCUCUAACAUAAAUUCCCUUCUCUUAAGUAUAAACUGGGAGACUUGGGAUGAUCGCGAAAUGGUUUGAAAGGAUGUGGAGUCUAUAUUUCAGCAAGGUUCAUGGACGUCGCUGUUGUCGGAUCGUAACGUCCCUAAUACAUUCGAUCGGACGGCAACGCGCAAUUUGUAACAUGCAAUGAAUGAUUCAGUGCAUUUUUAUUCCAGAAAAUAUGCACCAGUCAGGGAGCCGGUUAACAUUGAGUUCAAGUUUGUGAACUCAUGUGCGUGCAACCAUUCAAAUUCCAUUUUCUUUUUAGAGCUCUCUGUGUAUUGAUUUCUUUAGAGACCUACUACCUUUAUCUCUCCUUAGGUUACUAUAUGUACAUAGAAACAUCCAGUCCAAGAGUCUCAGGUGACAACGCCAAAUUGAGGAGUCCUUCACUGAAAUUCAGCGGAAACAUGUGUCUUGGAUUCUUUUACCAUAUGUACGGUUCAAAUAUUGGGAGUCUAAAGGUCAGCAUUAAUAGCAAACAAGUUUUCAGCAGAAGUGGUAACAAAGGCAACACAUGGCUUAAGGCCAGUGUAACUAUUUCCUCUAUUGUGGGAAGCCAUCAGGUGAGAGAUAUUUCGCUAUAUACAAAACUGUGUACUGUAAGUGGCAAAGAAACAAUGAUUGAAGUGUAGCAAAGUGUAUGUAUUGAUCCAUUUAAUGAUCAGAAAGGCAGAAAAUAUGUCUUUUUCUUUCUUAGAUCUACCUCAAUUUUUAAGUAAAGAUAAAUUAAUUUCGCACGAAUGAUCAGGUUGACUAGAACUGUAAAAUGUAACGUUAUACAGUACCUAACCCUGCUGUUGUUAUUGUAACAAACGUCAGAUUGAAGUAAGUAUUUUCCGAAAAAAAAAAAAGAAAUGACGAUCCAAAACGUUUCCAGAAGACUUAACUAUAGAUGAAAGUUGCCCAAAACUGUUGAUGUAUAGAUAGUUAAGAAUAAGUAGUAAACGACAAGUACAUUAAUAUUAAGGAAAACCUUAGUUACGUGGUACAUAUCGCCGGAAAACCUCUCUAGUGACCACGGUUUUUACUAAAAUUUUAAUAACUCAGAGCUCUCAUUCGGAAAGCAGGGGAAGUGCCGAUGGAACGCCCCGUUGCCAUUCACCUGUUUAUUUAUAAUUCUAAAUCUACUUUUCCUUUUGCCAAAUUUUAACAAUUUUUCAUACUUUCAAUUCAGAGAGAGUUUUGAAACUCGUUUUCCAAUGAUCGAUAGUUUUUAUUUUAGAGCGACCACGCAAAAUUGGUAACAGUUUAUGAGCUGCGCAAUGUUUUUGAUUGACAGAUUACAUUUGAAGGAAUAAGGGGUGUGAGUUUCGAAGGUGACAUCGCAAUUGAUGACUUCUCUUUAACACCAGGUUCUUGUCCAGGUAAGUUCUUUAGAUAAACAGCCCUCAAACGCUUGUCUUGUAGCUUGAAAUCGCCCCAUGUAAGGGAAUCCGGAAUCCAGGGAUUCUUUGCUUGUAAGAUCAGGAAUCCUGGGCUUUGUAAUCCGGAAUACAGCUCAAGGAAUCCAGAAUCCUACUAACGAUUGAAACUUAUUCAUAAAUUGAAUUUUUCUCAGCAAAAUCGCAGCUUAGUUAAAUGAGUAAAAUACUUCUAAUAAUUAGUUAAUCUACAGUAUUCGUGGAUAAUAUACAUCACAAUAUAAUCCUCUAAACUGGAUUUUACGAUCUCUUAUCAUUGAAAGAUGUCAUGUAGAGCAACGUCAAUACCCCCCCCCAAAAAAAAAAACACUGAGUAAGCUCCGAACCUUAUUCAAGUAAGGGCAAUUACAGCUUCUGAAUGGUUAGUUUUGAGCCUUUAUUAAGGGUUUCAACAAAAUCUGUUUAAUUUGUUUCUUUAUUUUUGUUUGAACUUUAGUGACGACACCUCCUCCAACUGCUUCCCCACCACCACCUGGUAGGUAUAUUUGCCAUCUAUUCCCUCAGUAGCAGUUUUUAAGGUGAUAUAGUGUGGCAAAUGAUGAGAUUAAAAACUCUUGGAUCAAAAUGGAAACCUGCAAGGUGAAUUUGAACCCAAAACUAUUGAUUCCCACUCAUCUUUAGCCUGCGAGCCGCAGACGUAUUUCCGCGGGUCGUUGCUUCUCUCACAAAAAGAUAUAGAGUAGGUCUGGAUCAGUUGCAAUCGAGAUUGGAAAUGCUGUUUCGUGCAUUUUAUCCGACACAGUGCUUAAUCUCAAAAUGGUAGGACCAUAUUUUAUACGGUUCACUUAUAUUGGUUAUAUUGGUUCUAUGGCCUGACCGUGAGACUGACCGGAAACUUCUGCUAACGCUCCGCGUUCUCGCAUAUGUGUAUUUGUUGUCAGGCUAGUUUAGAUCAUUUCUUUUUUCUUUGUUGACUGAUGGGAGACAAAGUGAAAGCGUUAAGAAGAGAAAAUGAUGAUUUAAAGAGACAACUGAAUGAUCUAAAGAUGGAAUUUCAGUCUAUCAAGUUGCAGACUCUCAAUUCAAGUGAAUUCAUUCUCUAGAAUCGGAACAAAAAUAUGGAAUGAAAUGCCUGUAUCUUUAAGAAAACUUUCAAAAAAUGCCUUUAAGAGGAAAAUAAAACAAACACUUUUUGAGAUCCUAGCUUCAGAAGACUGUUAUAUUGAUCUACCAGAAAUCGUCCAAAAAGUUAUUUUAAGUUGAAUUUAUUUUCCUCUUAGUUAGUAUGUAACCAUUUAUCGUUUAGUGUAUCAGUAGUCUCUUGUCAUAACUGUUGUCAUUUAUUAUUAGUAAUACCGUUAGUUUAUCAGUAGUCUUUAGUCACUUUUGUCAAUUUUAGUUUCUUUAUAGUUCUCUUGUUAUUUUUAGUUGAAUUUAGUUGUAUUUAUUUUCUGUAAACAUGACCCGCCUAAUUUAGCUGAGCUACCCGCCUCCGGCAUGUUAUAAUUGUACUUUUACCUUAAAACACAAUAAAAAAUGUGUGUAUGUAUGUAUAUGUAUGUUACAGAGGGACUGAAUCUGCAGGUUCAACAAGGUUUCUAAUUGGCCAUCUGUCAUUGAAAUUGACAUUGAAAUUUUUUCCAGGAACCAAAUUUUGGAACUUUUAAAAAGCCCAUGCUCAGUUUAUUUCAUGUGAUCAUUUUCUGAUUUAAUGCGAUAAUAAAUAGAGGAUAUUACACGGUGGCGCGAAGAUAUGAAUUUUAUUUUCGAGCGGGCAAAACAAUAUUUUACUCACUCGCUGCGCUCGUUCGUAAAAUAUUGUUUUUGCCACGAGAAAAAUAAAAUUCAUAUCUUCAACCGCCGUAAUGUUCUUUUAUUAUAUAGACAAAAAAGACAGCGAAAAAAAUAAUAAAGAGAAAUGACCAAAAUUACGUCAUCGAUAAACUCACGUGUGAGAUUAUGGAAAAUAAACCACUCGGAUCCCGGAUGUAGUUUUUAUGAAUUUUACGUGUGGUAUAUUUUCCAGUAAAACACUCGUGUCUAUAUAAUAAAACAAAAUAUUUAGGGCAUCACUUCCAAUAUUUGAAAUAAUCGCCUCCCUCGAAUUAUCGCCUAGGCUAUUAUUCGAGGAAACAUGGUAUGUUUUUCUGUUUCCCUUUCCAAAAGCCAGCUGCUGUAUAGCUUGCUCAUAGGUUAAACACUGAGGAGUAAUCAAACCAAAGUUAAAGUACAUUAUUUUAGAGAGUCUGAACUAAACCCGCUGCUCUUUUUAAGGUUCUUGUGGUAUUCGUCCACACGCCAGAAUUGUCGGUGGUGUAGCUGCAAAUCAUGGUUCGUGGCCAUGGCAAGCCAUGUUACGUACCACAUCCGGGUUCCCUUACUGCGGGGGAUCCUUGGUACAUCGUGAAUGGGUGGUAACAGCGACUCACUGCGUCACAGGAAAGAGUCCUAGUAGCAUCUUUAUCAGGUGAAAGAUUUGUUCUCCUAUUUGUGUUAACACGCACACUCAGGCAUGACCCAGAGGCUACCUGUUAAUAUACAUAUUAGGCCUGUAAAAAGUCAAAGAUAAAUUAUCUUAACAACUGCAAAUUUGAUAUUAACAUACCACUUUAUCUCUUAAGGAUUAUUGUUAACGUUUAAUUUAAAAUUGAACUUUUUUGGGUCAGGUGACAUUUUAAACACUUUCCUUAUUUGAAUAGAAAAGUGAUUAUGGGCUGUAAAGAUGACUCUCUCUUAAGGUGACCCAGAACGCAUCCAUACAAAAACCGCCAACGUUGUUUGGUUCAUCCUGGAUUUACUGCGUUUUACCUUUAAAGGGUUGUUCUUAAGACUAGGACAGAUGUUCGUGAGGCUUUUCUUCUUCUAGUUGUUGUUUUUCAGUAUUGAACUGAAGAUUGUUCCCCCUUCAAUACAGGGAUUACGAUUAUGCACCGCUUUUUGGCCGCCACAAUAGACCGCCGUCCAUGACCCGUUUCACAUCUCCGUCACUUUUCUUUAACUACAAUGUAUUAAAAGUUUGUUGAGGCUUAAAGAACAUAACGUGUACAAGCAAAAAUACUCGUAGCUUCUUUUAUGAGAGGUCUAAGAUCGUGUUUUAUCUAUCCCGCUUGAGAACAAGAGAAAUUAAACAGCAAAUUUCAUGCUGGGAAAAUAAAAUAUAUACUUGCCAAGGAUAAUUAAUUUUAUUAUUUAAUGGUAAAUGUCUCAAAAUCAAGCUAGAUAAAAUCAAACUAUAUUUAUUUAAAUCAUAACAAAAAAGCAAUUGUUUCCUCGUCAUUUUCGGUAAUAGGUGGGCAAGAGAAGUGGUGGCAGCCCGGGAAUAAAGGGGCGGGAGGGGUGCGGAAGGUGGGAAAGGAAAGGGCGGGAGGUGGGAAAAUGGUAGGGAAGCAGGAAAACUAGGGGAAAUCACGCAACAAUGCUGAAUGUUUCGCAAUUGAGGAGCUUAAGAAACCCGGGAAUGCAAGGUAUGGGAGGCCGCAGAUGUUUGAGCCCCCCGCCUCCCUUACACUAAUAUUUACUGUACGCUUUAGAUUGAAUAAUUUCCUGUAUUAUUGUUUCCUUUUAUAGACUCGGCGCCCACAGACGUGUUAUCGCUGUCGGCACUGAGCAAGACAUUAGAGUGAGUAAAGUGAUUACACACCCUUCUUACCACACGCCGUUGAGAUACAGUCACGACAUCGCUUUACUAAAGCUGUCAAGACCAGCUAACUUAACCAAGUAAGUUAGCCUUUGAGCAACCUUAAUUUACUACAAUCGCAAAAAGAAAGCAAUGUUCAGACUAGGAAAGCUGGUCAAAUUAAGGCUAAUGCAGAUCGAAAAAUGUCUCUCUUACUUCAAUAAACCUUUGAGCCUGAAGUGUUAAAGGGUUGUUUGUCUUGUUGUCGUGACCAAUACCCGGUAUUGUCAAAAGCCAGAGGAACUGAGCCUGAUAUCAAAGAUUACUUUUGAAGCAAGAAAUUUUAACCUCACCUGUGCAGCCUAGCUAAAUCUCUCUGUCUAGAAUUGAGACGAAGUACUGUGGUGUAUUUGUGUGCUCAUUUACAGUUUCCACGAUGACUUGACGAGAGGAGAUGAUUAUAAUUACAACCAUCAUCAUCAUCAGAAUUUUUUAUUUUCUUCAGGUAUGUUAAUCUGGUUUGCCUUCCUCACGCCGUAGCAGCACCUACCGAUGGCACCACAUGCUGGAUCACAGGCUGGGGUCGACUUGCUUCAGGAGGCGCCUCUCCAGAUUAUCUUCAGCAGGUUUCAGUUCCCGUUGUAAGCAGAGCCCGUUGUGAUAGAGCCUAUCCUGGAAAAAUUCACGACUCCAUGAUCUGCGCGGGCCUUGACCAGGGAGGAAUUGACACCUGCCAGGGAGACAGUGGGGGACCGAUGGUGUGUGAAACCGGUGGAAGGUACUAUCUACAAGGCGCCACCAGCUGGGGUUAUGGGUGUGCCAGCGCUGGAAAGUUUGGCGUUUAUGCCAAAGUGAAAUACCUGCUAAAUUGGCUAAAUACCGAAAUGGCGAAGAACUAA